GUUAUUAUGAUGUGAGUGCAAUUUAAUUUAUUCCCCCUCUAUGCCAUGGACACCCCUCCAUCCCUCCUCCCCUCCCCCUGCCGCCAUGUUUGUCCGCCCAGUGCCUUCCCCUCCCUGACAGAUAACUCGGGCUGUGCACUUCAUGUUCCGCCAGGAAGGCAGCAGCGGUGGUGGCGGUGUGCUGGCUCUGCUCGGGGGAGGCAGCAUGUCCAGGUACACGGACUGGCUGUAUGGGGGGGUGGACCCCAGCCUGGAGGGCAAUGGGGGUCCGCUGUGCGCCUCCUUCCUGCCCGGCCGCCAGAGGCUGCUAGAGAGCAUCGUGCUGCUGGCCGUGUCCGUGCUGGAGAUCGGGCUGUCCCUGCGGAGGAUCACCCGCUGCCCGCUGCAGGAUGGGGGGCUGCCCGCACCGUGUGCUCGCCCGGAGAGCCUUGGGAAGAACCUGCUGCUGGUAGCGCUCUGCCUGACCUUUGGGGUGGAGGUCGGAUUCAAGUUUGCUACUAGGACUGUCAUCUAUCUGCUGAACCCCUGCCAUGUGGUCACUAUGUUACAGGUAUGGCCCAGCACUGGCACUAAGACUAUAUACAUAUAUAUGGCACUGAGGGUAGAUACAUAUAUAUGGCACUGUGUGUGUGUGUGUGUAUAGAGAGAGAGAGAGAGAGAGAGAGAAUAUAGAGAGAAAUAUGUGUGUUUGUGUAUAUAUCAGCAUUGGACACUCCAGGUGCUGUGCACUAUAUUUAUUAGAAUCAGGCAACAAUUGGGUUUGUCAUGGCGCUGAAUAAUGCAUAGCAGUCAUAUACAUAGUUCAUUAUACUAUUUAGUGCUAUUUGAUAAAUCUAUUCUUUGACCCAUCUGUUAAAGCACAAUUCUUUAUCAAUAAAUGUGAUUGUAUGUCUAUUGUAUGAAUCUUUGCCAGUGUGGCACACAAAUGGUUAAUACCCCAGAUGCCAGCCUGGCAAGUUAAUGGAUUGCGUUCAUUGUUGCCCAUCUUGCAGUGGUGAAUUGUAACCCUUUUAUGUAACAAUGCAUCUUUAACAGGCAGUGGAGUUUAGGAAGUGUGCCAAUUCAGCAUUAGAGUUUAUCUAUGAGAGAAUCCAACAUUCUGAAUGAUAAAGCUAAUAUAAAAUCUGACAUUCUGAAACAAAAACACUGAAAUUUGAAUUUAGUCAUAGAUGAAUUGACAUUCGCAUUGCUGUGAUGUGAGCUGCAAAAUCUGACAGCAUAGAUAAUAUGCAGUGACACUUUUUUCUACCUGUAUUUUUAAUGUACAAGUAUAUCACAAACACACAAAAAAACUCAAACUCAUAGCCCUGUAAUAAAGAUGUCAAAUUUUUUUAACUCAUUUGUACACAGGAGGACAAUAAAUGAAUGGAGGGCGCAAUCUCGUUGCUAUGCAGUUGAAUUUGGCAGUGAUCCUUCUUUUAGGGAUGGGCAUGAAUGCCACAUACACGUGUUAUAUAACUGAUAGUUACUACAAGUUAGAAUAAGCAAGUGUAUACAGUUCUCUGCUGAGGCCUCCAUCUGGUUGUUUAUUGCUAGCAUUAGUUGAUAUUUUUUUUUUUUUUUUUUUUUUUUUUUUUAAUUUUUUUUUUAAUUUUAUUUUUUUCCAAGUGGGUUUGGGAAAGUAGUCCUAAAGAUUGUAUAUUUAAAAAAAAAAAAAAUAUAUCUUAUACAAUUUUGGUUACUUUUGAGGCUACGUGAUAAAAUACAGACUUUGGCCUUGUGUGUUUAUUUGCUAAGGAAUACAAUCUUUAUCAGUAUACCUUUUUACUGUAAAUAUUGAUUAGAUAUUCUUGGUGUAUGCACCUUGCUCACCUCUAGUUACGGCCAUAUCCGGUUUCAUUCAGUUUUUUUUUGUUCAGAUAGAUGUAGUCUAGGUCUCUGGGUUUUAACAAUUCCUUAUGGGUUAAUGAUUCAGGUAUUAUGGUUAUAGAUUUUUGAAACUAAUUGGGUUAUCCCUAAAUGAUGGAUCAUUAGUGCUCUCUAAGGACUGUUUUUUAAGACCGACGGGAUAAGUCUAGUACUUUGAAACGGGUGUAUACGAUAUGUUUUCUCUUUUUAAUUACACGUUCACUGAGGCACAUCCUAUAUCUUCCUGUAAACAUUUGCAAGUAAUGCAUUCUUACGGAAAUAUUAUUUACGCACAUAAGACUGGUUUUAGGAUGGCUUUAAGUGAAGGUUUGUGGGAAACCUUACCAUUUCUAUUAUGCGAGGUUGGCAUGCUCUUUUUUUUUUACAAUUAUUUAUUUUUGAUGUGCAUAUAAGUACAUUAUGACAUUAAAAACCACAACUGUGUACAAUUUAGCAUAUAAUGUUCAAGGCAGUGGCGUGUGAAACAGCACAUUUUGUUUUAGGCUGGCAUGUCUAUAACAGUAGUGUGGGGCAAAUUCACAAGAGUAUGUAGACAUGUGUAUAAGAUGCAUUGCUAGAUGGGAUAGGGUAUAACAUAGUAAACUGGCAGCGUGGCAGAGGCUGUUUGUGGAUAAAAUUAGGAUUACUCCAUGACAUGCCUUAGCUAUGACUAUAGAGUGAAACCGCUUUGGCUAUACCUUGUAUAAUGUCACCAUACAUCAAGCGGUUAAAUUAAAAGAUAACAAAAUUAGAAGUUAUAUUGACGAAAAAGUAAUAUCACAAGAAUGAAGGGCUGGUAUGCGUCUGUUUUUGGUUGAGAAGAUGGUGCUUCACUUGUGUGGCUUGUUGCCCGACUCAUUCGAUUCCCAUAAGCGGCAUAGAUUGAGCACCUGUAAGAGGGUCUGUCAGUUUGGCUGCACAGUGGUUUCCAUAAGGUGUGAUCUUGCAGACACUCACGAUCACCCAGAUGUUCUUUCACUGGGGAGACUCUGAGGUUUGGCUGACGUUCUUCCUCAGGUAGGGUUGCUGCUUUGGCUCUUAGUGCCAUGUGGUCCUGGCCGCCUGAUAGGUAGCCCAUCAGACAGGUUCCGUGUCUGGGUACCUCGAGGGGGCUUUCACACCCUUUGUAUGCUGCCGCUCUGUGCUCCCUCUCUGGGUGUGGGAGGAGUGGGCUCCAUAUACGUUUGGAGCUACAUUCAGAAUCGCCUGAAAGUUUCCUUAAGCCACAGUAAACAGGUAUCUAUUAUGUGUCCUGCUUGUCAUGCCCAGCUCUAAUGUGUCUAGAGGGAUUGGAGCCACCAUCUUGGCUCGCUCUGGCCUUCGGAGGUAACGGCUGGAAUCGGGAGGUGGGUACAGUUAGGGCUGCAUAUAGUUGCCCAGUGGGGACUGGGAUGACCCCUGCCGGUCCAGAGGGGGCAGAGGCGUCAGAGGCCAGUGGGGCCACGCUGUGGAGUGAGGAGAGCGGCCGUUUCCCCCCAGCUCGAGUCCCAGUACACCGUAGUUAGUCUGCUCCGGUUCCCGGAGGUCAGGUUUUUCGGGUAAGGUCUCGAUUGAGUCCCCUUGGUACCCUGGACGUGGGUGGUGCACCUUGGUAGGUAUAUCCGCUCAAAAGUCGGGUUAUUUCCCCAGGAUUAGUUGAAUUAGUAGGAGCUCGUGUUUCAUGCGUCUAGUCAGCUGCACGUCCAGGCUCCGCCCCCUGCAUGCUCCUUUUAAAGGGACACUACAGUCACCAGAAUCACUACAGUACACCUGCAGGAUUUUUAAUGUAAACACUGCCUUUUCAGAGUGUGUACUUUGGUGAGAACGUGCUUCCUAGUCCAGUGGCUGUCUGAGUGACUGCCACUGGCGUUCAUUGUCUCCACACUCUGCAUGGAGGUGCUGAAUGUUCCUCCAUAGAGAUGCAUCGAUUCAAUGAAUCUCUGAGAAGAUGUAGCUUGCAGCAACAUUUUGCUGUGCAUGUGCAAUAGCCUCCCAAUGCUUUUCUAUGGUGAUGCAUUGGAUUGCCUGUGAUCAUAAAGUCUGAUAAUCUUUGCCACGGAGUCAGAACCAGUCGCUGUGAGUCUGGCACGGCGUUGUAGAAAAGGUGAGUUUAAACUCCUUUCCACUGCUCUAAGAGUGGGGCUGAGGACCUAAACUUUCACACCAGCACUACGGUGUCAGGAAUGCAUCUUUGUAUUACUGACACUAUAUUGUUUCUUAAAGUUAGUUUUAAAAAAUUGCUGAUGGGAAUUUCUGAAAUUAGGUUUAGGUAAUUGUCAGGAAAUUCAAAGUGAAUUUAAAAUUUUAGCCCCCAAAUAGCCAACUAACUGACUUAAACUUCACUCUCAAUCCAGGUCACUCUCUAUGGAUUAAACAAGUCAGUACAUGCUACAAAGUUUGAUAAUUUAGUCUUGUUCCAAAUACUCAAGAAUAUUGCAGAUUUCAGUAACUGUUUAGAGACUUAAAAUUAAGGGACUUGCAGCAAAGCCUGAAGUAAAAGGGACAGCAGUAAUGACCCCUACUCUGUUUGAGAAAUUAUGAUUAACUGAAAACCCGCAGAGGGGACUCAUCACCACGCUAUAGGGACCACCACUUGGGCUCAGAAUCCAGGGAAUGGUGAGACCUGAAAUACACUCUGCGAUAGUCAGAUCUAGAGGGUACGAUGGAAGAAGGAGAAUAGUAGCAUUAAAGGCCUAGCGCAGACAGAGCGUUUCCAUCUCUCUGAAAGCUGUAGCUGAAGUAGGGGAGUGGUGCCUGGUCGACCCCCACGUAAGAAAUCAAACUGUUCUAAAACGGUUUGACUACUUACAUUGGAGGGAAGCCAGAACACUCCUGGUACCUUAACCACUGCAUUGUGCUGUAGUUAUGGUGCUUGUAGUGUUCCUUUUUAUAGUGCACUGUAGGCACCCAGACCACUUCAGCUCAUUGAAGGGGUCUGGGUGCAGUGUUCCAGGCCCCUUGUCACAGCAAAGGUAAUCAUUGCAGUUUGUAAUAAAUUGCAGUAAUUGUCUUUUGAUGGUUAACUCCACCUCUACCACACAGCCACUAGAGGGUCUUCCUGGUCGUUGGGCAAUGCAUGAGGACAUUCAGGGUCACACACAAUCCCGUAGCAAAGCAUUAUAUAAUGGGGGAAGCCCUAAUGAGAGUGCAGCCAUCGCCGCACAUGUGCAUUAGGUCUACCCAGUUGGCACGGGAGGAGUGGAGAUGGAGCUUGAACCAGCGCCGAGAGACAUCAGUGCUGGGAUCAGGUGAGUGACAGAAGUUUUUUUUUUUUUUUAAACUCCUUCUGCACCCCGGAGGGGAGGGGUUGGGGGGGCAACAAAGGGGGACACCAUAGCAAGCUAUAGUGCCAGGAAAUCUUUCCUGGCACUAUACCUUACCUUUAAGUACAGAAAAUAUCGCACACACACACACACACACACACACGCUUUUUUUUUAUUUUUAUUUUUUUAUAUUUACAAAGAAUCCCAUUUUGUAUAACCACUCUUUUUUUUUUUUUUCUCUGUGAAAAACUAAUAUCCGUGUUGAUUGAUUGUGCCAGUUAUGUAAUAUCUAGGAUUAAAAUUAAAACCUGAAAGAUGCAUAUAGUGACAGGAGGAUAAUGGGGACACAGCUAAAACUGGAGGCCGAGCAACAGAAUCCAGGUCAAUCAGCAGAAAUGUCUCUUUAUAUAUGUACAUAGAAAAAAAAAAAUUGGGAGCUCACCCGGAAAAUGCAUUUCUUACUCAGAUUAAGGAACCGCACUCAAACAAAAAUAGUUCUACAUUUUACCAGGCUUAAAAAAAAAAAAACCUGUCUCCGCAAACCAAUAUGAGGAUUCGGUUCCACCAUAUGGCUAUAUUGUGUUAAGCCCACCACUGCACCACAGUACAGCAAUACUUGUUAAAAUUUAUGUAAGACCCACUGAUAUUCUAGUACUGUGGCAUAGGGUAGGCUUACCAAUAGCAAUGCCGCUUUAAUAAUGAUAUUUUUAUUUGAAAUGGAGCAGAUAUGAUAUGCAUUGUGAGUAUAUCUGUACAUAUCAAAGCACUGUCACUUUAAUUGUUUUAGUUUUUACACUGCAUUGUUAUUAAUUGCGUUUAUCACAUUAACUUUGCAUUAUAUAUAUUCACAAUGCCCUUAUAGAUUAAUUAAAUUCACUUUAGUAUAUUUAGCCCAGGCGCUAUUUAUCUCUCACGUUGGAAUUAGUGUAGGACCCCUGAUAUUAAGGAUCUGUGAAGUAGUGGUGGGCUUAGCAUAAUAUGGCCAUAUGGUGUAAUUGAAUUUCCAUAUUUCUUUGGUAAGAUAGGUGAUUUUAAGUAGCCACAUAAAAUUGAAAACUGUAUUUUUGUGUGUGCGCUGUUCCUUAAUCUGUAUAUUCUUUAUAUAUGUAUGUGAUGAAUUUGUGCGGUCUCACUAGCAUGUAAGGUAAUUAGUAUCACAGCAUGGAGACAUAAGAAAGUUGGCUAUCAUGCAGUGCUUUGUUGUGGGUUAACUAACUAGCCGAUUUAUUCACUAUAUUGUGUCUUGAUGGGAAACAAAAUUAAAGUUUAAGCCAAAAUGAUCAAAUUGGGGGAAAUGCUGUCGGCCAUGUUUUUAGUUUGGCUAUAUCUGCCUAAUUGUGAAAUUCACUUUAAAUUCCUGGCACCGUUUCACAUUUAAAGGAAAUAUCUGACUCCAGUUUGAUGACUUUUUCUUGUCUAGUUUGAUAAACCACAUAGAGAAGCAUUAAAGGACCACUCUAGGCACCCAGACCACUUCAGCUUAAUGAAGUGGUCUGGGUGCCUGGUCCAGUUAGGAUUAACCCAUUUUUUUUUAUAAACAUAGCAGUUUCAGAGAAACUGCUAUGUUUAUAAAUGGGUUAAUCCAGCCUCUAAAGCAUCUAGUGGCUGUCUCAUUGACAGCCGCUAGAGGCGUUUGCGUGCUUCUCACUGUGAAAAUCCGUGAGAACACGCAAGCGUCCAUAGGAAAGCAUUAUGAAUGCUUUCCUAUGAAACUGGCUGAAUGCGCGCUCAGCUCCUGCCGCGCAUGCGCAUUCAGCCGAAGAGGAGGUGGAGAGGAGGAGGAGAUCUCCCCGCCCAGCACUGGAGAAAGGUGAGUGUUUAACCCCUUCCUCUCCCUAGAGCUCGGCGGGACGGCCUCUGGGCACUAUAGUGCCAGGAAAAUAGUGGUCCUUUAAGGGCACACAACGCUGCAAAAGCCAUGAUCCACACAGCACCCACAGAGGUAUUUGCUAAAGUGAAUUUCAAAUUUAAAGGGACACUAUAUUAACCAAAAUAACAACAGCUUAUUGUAUUUGUUCUGGUCAGUAGAAUAAUUACCUUCAGGCUUUUUUGCAGUAAACACUGUUUGUUUUUCAGAGAAAAUGCAGUGUUUACAUUAGAGCCUAGUGAUAACUCCACUUGUCACUCCUCAGAUGGCUACUAGAAGUGCUGCAGUGGGGCAGUGCUGCACAGUCAGUGUCUCCACACUCUGCAUGGAGACACUGAACUUUACUCAUAGACAUACAUUGAUUCAAUGCAUUUCUGUGAGGAGAUGUUGAUUGACCAGGGCUGUGUUUGACUUAUGCUUGCUCUGCCCCUGAUCUGCCUCCUUGACAGUCUCAGCCAAUCCUAUGGGGAAGCAUUGUGAUUGGCUUAGAGAAUCACUUCUGAUGUCAGACAAGCAGGCAAAGCUAACAGCAGCAGACUUGAAUAAUGGUAUGAGUUUUUUUUUUUUAGUUUUUAUUUUUUUUAAUUUUAUUUAUUUUUAACUAUAUUUAGGGGGGGAAAGGGGAUACCAGAGGGUCGAGACGGUUUUUAACACUACAGUAUAGGGUCAGGAAUACAGGUUUGUGUUCCUUACCCUAUAGUGUCCCUUUAAGGCUUGAGUUUCUGAACUGAAAGCAUAGCUGACUUAGAGAAGAUUUCCAGUCUCGCUUUUUUUACCUUAAAUUUAAAAUUCGCUUUGAAUUAUUCUUUAAUGAAUAACCCUUCCAGCGUCAGCUUGCUUAAAUGCUGGUGCCUGAUGUCAGAUUCAAGAAUUUAACCUUUUUCUGCUUAGAGCCCUUAAUGGCUCUUGUCCCUAGUGAACAUUGAAAUGGCAAAAUGUAAACUGUCAUCUCUCUGAAACUGCACCAUUUUUAUUUGCAAGGCUGCUGUGGCAGUAUCUGGCAUCCAAAAAUCUCUUUAUAAAGACAGAGCUCUGGAGUCUGAGUCUAACUUAGAGGUACCAUAAUUUGAGGAGUCGCAAGUGAUUUUGGUGCUUAGAGAGUGUCCCUUUAAACAAGUAAUCCUGUUAUUACAUUUCUGAUGGUUUUGAUUGAGAGGAAACACUGGUCAGUUGUGAUUCAGAUAUGUCCUUUACCAUAUAUUGAGUGAUCACUGUUGACCAUAAUUGAUAGCAUGCAAAACAGAUGUUUUUUAUUUUUUAAUUUAUUAUUAAUGUUGUAACGGAACUCCUCGUACUCCAAUCGAGUACCUUCCGUUGAUGGAUGCUUCGGAGCCUGCGACGAGGAUCACAAGCACGGCACUGGACACCACAACCACUGCAGACUCCACAACCGCCGUAGCUUAACUGGAGUCUCGCCGUCUUCUGUCCACCCUGGAUCGGCUUCUGUCCUCCAUGACCGUGUGGGGAAGACCUCUCCUCCAGGAGAGCUUUUCAGGAACAAGCUCUUAAAAGAGCUAAGUGAUUAAAGCUCAAAGGAGUAUGCAGAGCAUAGCAAUCCCCAGUGUGAUAAUAGCAGUUCCUUCCCAUAACGAGACGAGGCUACGUUUUGAAGGGUAAAGAAGAACUGUCUGUGCUGGCACAUACAGUCUCUUUUAUUCACAUUCUACAAACAUAGUACUGCCCACAGGGUUUUGAAGAACAACCAAUCAACACAUUACAACACAGCUAACACUCCCAUUCAUUACAUCAGAAAUCCUCCCCUCUGCCUGUGAUACAAUAGACUAACUUAAUUAUCACAGGCAUGAAAAUACAGUAAUAUAAAACAUAUCACAGGGACCCCAAAUAAUUACUGUAUAAUGUGUCCCCUGUUCUGUAGUUUAAAACUACUUAACGAUGUCUUUGUGUACCGAAUACCGGCGAGAUGGCACCGUGUAGAAAAGUUAAAACAGUGUCUGUGAGUUAAAAUGGCCGCCAUCCAUUGUUCUCACCAUGUGCUUCAUCCAUUGUUCUCACCAUGUGCCUCUGAUACAUGAAAUGGUGGCCACCCAGUAACUCCACAGUUUGUCUGAUAGUCUAUCCAGCUGGACCAACAGAUGAAACACAUGGGGAACAGUGCAACAAACGAAGGGAAUCUUAAAAUAUAUGGACAAUAGUCAUAUUUGUGCACAAUCUCCAGUUUUGUCACAGGGCACAAAUAGUGUUUUCAAAUGCCAUAUAUCCCAGGGCCAUAGUCAUGUGGCAGGAGGUGGGCAAUCAGUCCUAUCCAAUGCCCAGUCGCAAAUGGCAGUUUGUCACAAAUGGUUUUUAUUGUGAGGAAAUCUUACUAUCUUUAGUAAUAUCUCUGUAAACUGAUUAGCCUUUAAUUCUAUGUCCCUUUCAGCAGUUAGCAAUGUUACUUAAAAUGUUCUCAGAUAGGGCCUGUUGUUCUGCCAACUGAUAAUAUGCAGGAGCAGAGAGAAGGAAUGUGCCUUUCUUAAUCAUGGUGGAACCAUCGGAUCUACUCCAAAAACAUAUGAAAUACAAUAAGGUUUAUUCACUAACUAGUAAGUUAAGGUGAAAUGAAAGACAGAUUGCAACAUUUUCAACAAAAUAGCCAAAUUUGUUAAAAAAAAAUAGCUUAGUUUACAUAUUUGACCUUAAAUGUUCCUUUUGGUCUUUAGAUGACUACGAAUAACAGACCGUUACGUGUACACCAGGUGUUAACUGACUAUUCAAAAGUGAGGAUCCUGUGUUAGUUAUAAUGUAGAAGUGGGGUCACACGAGACUCAUUCUGUACAUGUGCUUGAUUUGAAUUACUGCAAUGUAUGCUUGCUGUGAAAAUAGCAGUAACACCCAUUGUUAUAUUAAUGGCAAUAUUUUAGUUAAUCAGUUGCAGAUAUUAAGCAAAAAGGCCAUUACUAUUUUUAUUUUUGAAUUGUAGCUUUCAUUUCCAGAAGUCAUGAACUGUAUACUUCAAGAUGAACCAAGCACACUUGCAAUUUCAAAUACUUACUCAUUUAGAUGGGUUUAUGACGCUUGUAUUUGAGUUAUUUCAUUGUCUUAUGGCAUAGUUUGAGGAACUUAAAUAUCAAGGACUUUCUGCUAGUUGCAGCUUAUCAUUUUUAAAUUUUACUUAAAAUUUUUUUUUUAAAGGGCAAAGGUAAUUGCUGGAUAAUUACUUCUAUAUAUUUUUUAUUUUUUUUUAAAGUCAGCAAACCAAAUGAUCAGUUUAUAGAAAAAUCGUGGAAUUGAGAAACAAACCCAAAGUUAUCCAGGUAUAUUUACAGUAUAUUGUUGACAAAGCAAUGUAUUCCAGAUAUUGGAUAGUUGCUAUUUUUUUAUUUUUAAUAGAAUUCUUAUUCAUGUUACCCCCAUCACUCUGUGUACCUUUGCUUUGAGUAUUUUCAGUAAUAGUUUUCAACAAAAAAAAAGUUACGAUGGAUGACUGCAUCGGGGUGAGCAACUUUUAGCAUUACAGAUGUGAACUACAUCGCCCGUAAUGCUUUCCCAGUGUUAUGGCUGUAUGCGCAUUAUGGGAGACGUAGUCCAACACAUCUGAAAUACUGAAGAUUGCCUAUGCCAGAACUAGAUGGCACUUGUUAUCUGUGAGACUGGUUUUGGGCAUUACGGUGCUGUUUUAAUGAAGGAAGCUUUUAAACUAUGCGUGCUUCAGGGCUCGAUUGUAGGGGAAAGACUGCUUCUAGUUGACGGUCAGGAAACCUCUAUUCCUAUCAGAGCGCUCUGGGAACAAGUAAGGAACAGACAAAUACGAUUCCAAACGAGUUCUGGACACAUUUCGUAAUUUUGAGAAUUCUUGUUUUAUAAGCACCUCUAUUUAGGAUUGCAACAGCGCUACUUAAAUUAAAAUAUGGCGUUUGGGUGCGGCCAUAUGUUAAGCAAAGGAUUAAAUAUGAAACUGUAAAUGUAACUCGUAGCAGAGCUUGCUAUAACCUGUUCUAAUUACUUAUUCUCUGUGCCCUCUUUCAUAAAAUAAGUCUAAUACAUAGUUUUUGUUUGCUGAUGCAGCCAGAUACCAAUGCCUCAGAGAAUGUUUGGUCCGGGUGCGGUCAGAACGUUUAAAAGGGUUUGAUUUUUGUGUGGCAUAUACCAAAUGUCUUUCCAAACAGACAUAUAUGUACAUUAGGCCUAUUGACAACAAAACUGCACCUACCUCAAAUUGUUACUACUGAUUUGAAGGAUGAAUUCUGUUUAAUAAUCUGUCAAAGCACCUUUAUGUUGUACUUAUGAACUGUUUGCACAGGAGCUAACACGUGUAAAGCAAACAUAUUUCUCAAUGCAGUGUGGCUUGCCAAUGUUUUUAUUAAUAUUUUAUGGUGACAAUAUGAAAUAUUCUAAAAUGCAUUGCGUUUUUUUUACAUUAAAGGGAUGCUAUAGUCACCAAACCGGCUUUAGCUUAAUGAAGCAGUUUGUGUGUAUAAAUCAUGCCUCUGAACUUUGCUUCUCAAGUCUCUGCCAUUUAGGAGUUAAAUCACCUGUUUCUGUUUAUGCAGCCCUGUCUCCCUUGUCUGUGACUGAAUUAAAACUAAAUGGUUUCAUUUUGAAUCAGAUGUAACUUAAUUUAUAUCUCCUGCUUUGUUAAUUGAACUUAAAUUACAUACAGGAGGGUACUGCAGGGUCUAUCAAGCAAUUCAGAGCAGGAGAUAAGAAAUUCUAAAUUAAAUAGGUGUUGCAAUAAAGAAAGUGUAAACAUUAGAUUACUCUUUACAGGAAGUGUUUAGGAAAGCUGUGUAAGUCACAUGAAGGGAGGUGUUCCUAGGGCUGCAUAAACAAAGUGAUUUAACUCCUAAAUGACAGAGAAUUGAGCAGUGAGACUGCAGGAGCAUGAGAUAUACAUCAAAACUACUUCAUUAAAGGGACUUUCCAGUGCCAGGAAAACAAUCUGUUUUCCUGGCACUGCAGGUCCCCUGUCCCUCCCACCCCCCAUCCCAAGUUGCUGAAGGGGUUAAAACCCCUUCAGUGACUUACCUUUAUCCAGUGCCGAUGUCUCUCGGCGCUGGUUCAGGGUCCGCCCACGCUCCUCGGCGGGGGAGACCUAAUGUGCAUGCGCUGCAAUGCACGCAUGUGCAUUAGACCUCCCCAUAGGAAAGCAUUGAAAGAUGCUUUCCUAUGGGGAUUUCAGCGACGCUGGAGGUCCUCACAUAGCAUGAAGAUGUCCAGCUACGCUAUAGCACAAAAAAUCUGUGCUAUAAACCAGGAAGUGCCCUCUAGUGGCUGUCUAGUAGACAGCCACUAAAGGAGGAGUUAAUCCUGCAAUGUAAAUAUUGCAGUUUAUGAAAACUGCAAUAUUUACAGUCGCAAGGUUAAGGGUAGUGGGAGUUGGCCCCGAGACCACUCCAAUGGGCAGAAGUGGUCUGGAUGCCUGGAGUGUCCCUUUAAGCUAAAGUUGUUUUGAUGACUAUAGUAUCCCUUUAAUAUGGAUGUCAAUUACUAUGCAAUAGUACCAUAUAGUUCAACAAGCAAUCAAAUUGUGAUACUAGCACCCAAGGUAACAAAUACACGCUCUGAAAUUGAGCAAAAAGCAGAAACACUUGAUUGGUUAGCAUUGCAAUUGAUAUUAUAUACGUGUGUGUGUGUGUGUGUGUGUGUGUGUGUGUGUAUAUAUGUAUGUAUGUAUAUAUAUAUAUAGAUAUAUAUAUAUAUAUAUAUAUAUAUAUAUAUAUAUCUAUAUCUAUAUAUCAAUAUAAUCAUAGUAUAAAAUCUAUGACAAAAUACACUUAUUUGGGCUGGAGGGAGGGUCAGAUAAAGCCCUCCUUUUGCGAGGUGGCAUAACACGCCCUAACGUCGAGAUGGAGUUAAUUUUACUCAGUAACUGGGCCAGGUUUGUUUUUAUUUGAAAAUGAAGUAAACCCAUUUGCUGUCUCACAAAGGAAUACCAACUGGUAAAAGGCACAUUGUCUGAUGAAACUGUGCAAUGCUACCCCUGGGAUGUAAUUAAACCUAAUUGAAAAAACACCCAGGUGUUCUUCUUUCUUUAAAUUAUAUAGUCCUUUUAAUCUCCAUCUGAAAAUCCAUAGGGCCGUGCUAUUCUAACCCUUAGUAGCAGCUUUUUAAUAUGGCUUCUAUUUGCCUCCUCAUUCCUUUUUUGUUUUUUAGUUAACUUUUGUCUCCUGUCCAUUCACAGAGAAUUUUCAUUGGCUAAAAAAAAGAUCUGUAAAAGAUAUUCAAUUGUAUGAACAAAAGUGUGUGGUUUUUUUUUUUUUUUUUGUGUAAUUCUCCUCUACAGUGGAACAUGUAGAUUUGUCCUAACCAAUACAUUGUUUUAUGCCAUUAAUGAACCUGUAAAGCCUAGUUAAUUCAAAUACAUAAAUCUGCAGAUACUCUAAACAAAUUAUUUCAGUGUCUUCCUAAAGUGAGCUUUUUCCCUUUAAAUGAUUUAUUAUGUGUUUAUGGUAGGGAAACUAAAUAAUAAGCUGAAUAAAUAAACACGCAGAGACAUUUAAAGGGACACUACAGUCACCAGAACAACUACAGUUUAAUGUAGCUCUUCUGAUGUCUUUAGCAUCCCUUCUGGCAUUUUUAAUGUAAAUACUGCCUUUUGAAAUGGUCUGGGUGCACUGUAGUUUUAGAGACACUGCAAAACAUUGAUUCAAUGCUUUUCUGUGGGGAAGGCCUAAUGCUCGUGUUGUGCUUGUUGCGCAUGUGCACUAGGUGCCUCCUUGCGAUGACAUUGGAGGAGGCAAAGAUGGAAUAACAUGAUCUUUUAACCCCGUCUCACUGGAGGGCGUACUAUUACGUCCUAUUUUAGGCGUCUCUAAACGCCGCCGGGCGUAAUAGUACACUUUUUUUUUACUUACCCGGUCGCCGUAUCAUGGGUUGGGGACUCCCAGGAGCCCCCGCACGCCCAACCUCCUGAAGUUUUCACUGGCCAUGAGAGUGAGGUCCCUUGCGAGGACCUCACAAUCACAUGGCCGGGUUAGUUGGCAGCAGAUCGCCAGCAGGGGGCUGCCUAGUCCCCUGCUGGCUGGAAAUAAAAUAAAAUUAAUGUUAAUAAAGUGUAAAAAAAAAAAAAAAUUAAUAAAAUAUAUAUAUAUAUAUAUAUAUAUAUACACACACACACACACACACUGUCUAGGUGUAUUUUACUAUUACUAUAUAAUAUCAAAAUACACGUAGAACGAAAUAUAUAUAUAUAUAUAUAUAUAUAUAUAUAUAGAAUUUUUUAAAUUAUAAAUACACAUACCGUAUAAGCCGAGGCCCCUAAUUUUACCACAAAAAACUGGGAAAACGUAUUGACUCGAGUAUAAGCCUAGGGUGAGAAAUGCAGCAGCAGCUGCUGGUAAAUUUCUAAAUAAAAUGACAUUAAUUGAAUAUUUAUUUGCAGUGUGUGUGUGUGUGUGUGUAUAUAAUGACACUGUAAGCAGAACGGAGCUGACAGGGGAGUUGCACAGAGGAGAAGGGAGCUGACAGGAGCUGCAGGAAGGUCAGUAAGAGCUCGCGGUCAGCCCCCCACUGAACAACCAAUGCCACUGGACCACCCGGGAUUCACAUAGCCCCCCUCCCUUGCCAGGCAACAAGCAAAAAACUAUUUAAAAAAAUAAAUAAAAAAAAAUACAAAAUAUUAAAAUAUCAAUAUAAUAUAAUAAUAAUAUUAAAAUUAAAAUGCCCUCACCCAGUUUACACACACUGCAUUAUAUACACACAUAUAUAUUAAAAAAGACUGGACAUACCCCAUUUGCAAUACCUUGGGUUGUCUACUAUUGCAAAUGAUAUGCCAUUAUGGGUGUAAAUUUAAUUCCUGGGCUACUAUACAGUCUCAAAAGCAACGUAACCAAUCUGGCGAAUUUCAAUUUCAAAUGUAACAUGCUAUAUUUGAUCCUGUAACUUCCCAAAACGCCAUAAAACCUGUACAUAGGGGGUACUGUUUUACACGUGAGACUUUGCUGAAUACAAAUAUGUGUAUUUUAUUGCAGUAAAAGCAAACAGUAUUCUGACAUUGACAGUUAAAAUGUCAUGUAGAACUAAAUUGUUUUAAAAAAUCUUAUUUUCUCCCAUUUUUUUCAUAUUAAAUUAUGUUUCACAGCUAAGUAUUUGAUAUUAAAUGAAAGCCCCUUUUCCCCUGAAUAAAAUGAUAUAUAAUAAGGGUGGGUGCAUUUACUAUGAAAGAGUUGAAUUACGGUUGGACAGACAGCGCAAAUGCCAGGUUUUGUUUACAUUUUGUUUUGUUCACAAUGUGUACAUUUGGCUCCGUCCUUAAGGGGUUAAAGGUUUUUUUUAACAAAUAUAUAUUUUAUUGUUGCUAUGAUUAUUUGUAGUUUAUUGAUAUCUGGUGUGGAUAACCAGGACAUCAUCUGAUUCUAUUGGCAAAAUUGCUAGUGAAGAAAGCCAUACUGGUGAUUUUAUUUUUGUGCCUAUCUAUGUGCAAAUGGCAAAGGCUAAUUGAGCAUAAGAAUAUAAUCAAAAUUCUGCAUUUGCUUGUAUUCUCUGUCAUGUCACCAAGUUAUUUUUGCAUGGUAAGUUCACCUUAAAGAGCAAAUGGACUUCAAAAAUACAAGCGAUUUUAGUGACCAGACAGAGUCCAUCUUUUCAUAUGUUGUAUGAUGCAUGCCAAUGUGACCAUUUGUGGAGCUCAGUUAUUCAUUUUUAUUCAUGAAAGCUGCAAUGUGACUGGUUGACUGCCUCAGGCAACUGCCUGCUAUGUAUAUUGCUGUUCUGCCAGUCAGGCAGCAUUUUUAUUUUAAAGGGACAACUUCAAGCAGCUAAGCAGGAUUUAUGUGAACGCUGACAAAGACUUGGUAUCUUACUUGUGUAUUACAGCCAGCUCGGGUUUCAAACCAGUAUUGGUAAAUACGGCAGAUCAAAACCGCCCUCCUGCCGCUAUCCCCUGUGUGGCCGUGAGUAGGGACAUGUCUACUAAACAGUAAGCAGCCUACUGGGUAACCAUUGGCUGGUAGGUGAGAAUUGUAAAAAUAACCCCCCAAUUGACGACCCAAGCCCCAUUAUUUUAUUUAUAUAUAUAUAUAUAUAUAUAUAUAUAUAUAUAUAUAUAUAUAUAUAUAUAUAUAUAUAUAUAUAUAUAUAUAUAUAUAUAUAUAUAUUUUAAAAAUCCAUAAAGUCCCGUUGAACUAAGAAAAUAAACCCAGAUUGCAUUUAAAAAAAAAAUAAAAUAAAAAUCCAAGCAAUAAAAAAGAAUAAAUUUUCACCCGGCAAGGGCUUCACACAGACUGGUCGUUUCAGAGCGGGGAAAGGCUUAUAAAUAUUCCCCACACUGUGCAAUUUGACUCAGAGUGCUCUUGCAGGUAAAGCUCAAAAUUUACCCGUCCGAGCACUCUGGUUAACUUUUUGAAAUUUGGUCAGAAAAUCAGACAAGCGAAUGCUCAAGUCUGUAAUUGGGCAUUAGAGAUGUCGCGAACCGUCCGCAAACUUGCCACGAACCGUUCGUGGCGAACUCCGGUUAGCUGACACAUCCCGGCCAAUCUCCGGCAGACCCUCCCUCCCAGACCCUCCUACUUCCUGGACAGCAUCCAUGUUGAAGGCAGCUUCAACAUGGAUGCUGUCUGGGAGGGAGGGUCUGCCGGAGAUUGGCCGGGAUGUGUCAGCUGACCGGAGUUCGUGGCGAACCGUUCGCGAGAAGUUCGCGGACGGUUUGCGACAUCUCUACUGGGCAUGUGUGUGAAUUUCACAGACUGAGCUAGUGUGGACAGAUGAAGGCCCUGCAGGCCACGGUCAUCUGAGAAUGGUAAGAUGGACAUAGAUCCUAAAAACAAUUUAAAAAAGGUGAAAUGUGUGGUUAAGGGGCAUUUGGGUGUGACUAGGGGCACAAUAAAAUGUAGUAGUCUGAUUGUAGUAGAUUCUGAAGAAGGAUCACCUCCUCCUAAGUUAUUAUAUUUAGUGAUUUCAGAACCUUUUCAGACACUUCCUUUUUAUUUUUUUCACUUUUUUUGUUGCAGCCUUAGGCCUACAAUGUUUUUAAAUUAAUUUUCUUCACUGUGGUUUAGACUUAAUGCCCCGUAAUGGGGAAAAAACAAACUGAUUUUAAGAACCUGAAAUAUUGCAUUGACAGAAGCAGGGUUCAUAAUUUCCAGUUGUCAUUCGAUAUUUGCAAAUGGAAAUUUAGCCCUUGCAAGUAGAAAUUCACCCCUCUUUAUUAUGCUAUGGCUUAUAGUGGUAAGUAACUCUAAAGGCCUGACUAGUAGCCUAGGACUUCAAAUUUUAAGCUCUGAUGUAAGUAUUCAGACCAUUGCUAUGACACUUGAAAUUUAGCUCGGAUGCAUCACAUGCAUCUUAAUCAUCUUUGAUAUGUUUCUACACUUUGAAGUCCACAUGUGGCAUAUUCAAUUGAUUGGACAUGAUUUGGAAAGGCUCACAGCUGUAAAUGCAUGAGGUCAAAGUAACUGCCUGCAGGACAGGCAACAAAUGUUAAGCUGCAUUGAAAGUUCCCAAAAGCCCAGUGGUCUUCAUAAUUCUUAAAGGGGCUCUGUUACUGUAUGGGGACUCUGCCAAAUUCGCAAAGGCCUCCAAUGCAAUACAAUACAAACAAUUGUAGCAUAAGGCUGUAAGAUAUUAAAAAAAAAAAAAAGGGUUUGAAUACUUUCUGAACGCACUAUAAUUUUGUAAUAAAGAUAAAUAAAAUAUUGCAUUUACGUUAUUACUCACCCUCUCUCCAGUGCUAUUCUGCUGUGAUUCCAGGUUUGUGGGUGUUACAUUAGUUUAAUACCCUCUCACUUGAUGCCCCUGGUUCGGGAGAUAGCAAAGUAUGUCCCAAAGCCGGGUAAACUCCCUCCAUCUACUAUGUAGACGUGACCGGGUUAUUGUUAGUGCAUCAUGUCAUGAACUAGAUUAUUUCUAUCAAUCAUCUUCCUCUUUAAAAAAGCUAGAUUGUUUAGAUUUUUUCCCCAGUAAGCUGGGUGCUGCAUAGUGAAACUGGUUAAUAAUGUUAAUUUUCCCGCAUUGCCUCACAUAGGGUUGUGUUUGUACUAUGACCAUUCAAACAAACAUUAAUAUGCCUUUCACUCUGGAUGCAAUGUCUCUAACCAGCAGCACUCUCCGUUAUUGGGUAACCUAUUUUUGGAUUGUUCACAGUAAAGCCGUUGUGGGUCUGUGCUAUAUAUAUAUGUCAAGCUAAUGAUCGCUUUGCCUUCUUGUGAAUGGAGGAGGGAUUACUUGGUUAAAUAUUCUGCAUUAAAAGCCACAGGAAAUGUUGUUAUGGCAACAGGAGAAAUAAUUUAUUCAAAAAGGUCUACUGAUCUGUAAUCCAAAUGGGACUGCAGGUGACAAAAUUACAUUUUCCAUAUUCAGUGGAAAUGAUCUUGAAAAAUUAAUGCAACGAUAUCCAGUUUUGGAUUUUAAGGAACGAAAUUGCUAUUUUAAAAUUAAGUUGAAGGGAGUUGCUGUAAACAUUUAGUUUUAAAUACAUUCAGUGAUGUAUUGAGGCAAGUGGCGACUUGUCCUUGGUGAGUCAAAAUGUAAUGUACCACUGCCAGCUGUCAUAUUCCUUGCUGGAAUAUCUGCAAGGCUGUCUGAGAUGUAUAAGCACAAAACAAAAUAUCCCCACUAGAUAAGCAAAAUCACACAUUUUAUUUGUGUUUUAUGUAUGAUAUAUAUUCCUGAGAAAAGAUUGGUUUCCAUAUAAAUUCUUUCCGUUGUAUGGUGAAACAAGGUCAAUGGAUGGGCCCCUGGAUAUUUGCCUCUGUUAUGGGAUAAAAUGCUUACUUGGCCAAGGCAAUGCCUUCUUGAAUUCCUAAUAAAUGAGGACCAACCAUGGUUCCUUCCAGUAUCCUCCCUGUAUAAGUGUUUGAGGGUUGGUGGCUCCCCAUGGCUCUGUCUUCUUCUCAUACAUUGGACUGUGAGUUAAGUGGAGCUGACAUAUAUGCCCUUCACUUGCAUCUUAUAGGUCACAAAUAAAUGGCUUCUAGUACAGAGUGGGGGUUUAGACUUGUAAAUGGGGGGUGGGGGGGGGAGGGAGGCGUGCCAAUACAGUGGUCCAUGUAUAUAUUUCUCCCCACUACCUGGCAGAUGGUAGCCCAAUAUUACCAUCUCAGUUACAUAGCUGAAAAGAGACUUGCAUCCAUCAAGUUCAGCCUUCCUCACAUAUGUUUUUGCAACAAACUAGGAAAAAAUUCCUUCUUGACCCCAAAAUAGCAGUCCAAUAUCUCCUUGGAUCAAGCAGCUAUUACCCCACUAACUAGAAAUUAUAUCCCUGUAUGAUAUGUUUUUUGCAAGUAUUUAUCCAAUUGCAGUUUAAACAUCUGUUUGGACUCUGAUAAAACCACCUUCAGGCAGAGAAUUUCAUAUCCUUAUUGCUCUUACUAUAAAAAAAACCUUUUCUUUGCCUUAGAUGAAAUCUCCUUUCUUCCAGCCUAAAUGUGUGACCUCAUGUCCUAUGUAUAGCCCUGUUUAUGACUAGAUUUCCAGAUAAUUACUAACUGAAUGUAAAUAAAAGUCCCUCUGUCCACCGCAAAUAUGUAUGUAUCUAUCUAUCGAGGAUAGAUUAGGCGCUCUCUAAAUAACCCAAAAAGUUGCAGGGCAGCAGUAAACCAGCAGGAUUUCCCAAUACCUGCUUGCAGUGUGAUAUGUAGAAUAAGAAAGGUGGUAAACUGCGCCCAAAAGUGCAAAAUAAAUGUUAUACAUACAUAUAGAAUUCUUACCAUUGAACAAGAUUUAUAUGUAUGUAUAACAUUUAUUUUGCACUUUUUGGCGCGGUUUACCACCUUUCUUAUUCUACGUGUGUGUGUGUAUAUAAUAUUCAUGGUGGGGUUUCUUCUCUAACAUUACCCCUAUAAUAAAUAUAAAGAUGUAAUUUAUUUUUUAUAUUGAUUAAUACCCUUUGUCCAAAAAAGUCCCUCAUUUUUGAUGCUUUCUGAAAAUGUGACCAUGUGAUGACAAAUCCUCAUCUUUUGCAUAAGGAAUUAAAGUAGCACUCCAAACAUCAUAACGACUACAGACCGGUGUACAGGUUAUGGUGUUAGGAGUCCCUGGCGCCAUCCCUUGGUAAAUUGUCAAGCUGUUUUUAGUACGAUUGGACAGGUUACCUGGGAGCCUGUAGAUGCAUAAUCUGCAUCCAGGAGAAUCCAGUUGGCUCUACAGCACUAAGCAAGACCGUGCUCAUUGGCUGAUAGUGCUCACAGUCAAAGAACCCGGUUUGCAUCAGCCAGGCUUAACUUUGCAGGUACAACUGGCGUCUCCGAAUACCGGAUUGGGCAUGGGCACAUGGGAAACACAAGUCCAUUUAUCAACACGUACGAAAACAGCUUGAUUACUUACCCUGCAAGGUGAGAGCACUGCUGUAACCACUACACAAGGAUGUAUUGGUUAUUUAUGGUGCUUGGGGUAUUUAUAUAAAGGCUUACGUCAACCACCAUAACCCCUUGUGGGAUUUGUGAAAAUAUGUGUUGGGAUCUGACAAGAACAAAUUUCUGUUAAAUCCCAGAGCAACGUAUUUGUGUACGACAUAUUAACCUAUGUGUUCAUACGUAAACAGAUGUUUUUGUUUUUGUUUUUUUUAUCUCCUUAUUUACAGCAAGCUCCCUUAGGCUUUGUUGUUCAAAUCACAAUUCACCAUUGUGCUACUGCUUUAAAAAGUGAAGUAUCGUGUUAUUUUUUUGGGGGGGGGUAGGGGGGGCAGUUCAAUAACAUUGCACUGUAGCCGAUCGGUUUAACAAUUCUUAAUAUAUAAAAGCAGGCUGUAACAAAGUUAGGCGCAUUUGUCAUAAAUCUCUUGGAAAUCUCAAAACUGACUUUUUAGGAAACUUGAUUUAAUUAAUUUUUUAUAACUCUGUGAUUUAAAAAAAAAAUUACACUAUUUUGUUCUCUGCAUGUACCCAAGAACACGGUUCUUCUACUCAUGCACAAGAAAACACACCUUGCAAUUUUUCAAUAAAUAAGCUAAUAGUUUAUUGUAAUGCUUUAUAAUACAAAGCUUUAUUUUGGUAUGUAAGGCACAGACAAAUAAAUAAUCAUCACAAUCUUUAUAAACAUAUUAUUUCGUUAUUUAUAUAGCGCCAGCAAAUUCCAUAGCGCUGUACAAUGGGUUUUAUGUUGUACGUUUCCUAAAUAUUCCACUAGUUCCGUAGCAGGGUAGGUUCCAUUCAUUUUUAUUCUUUCAGUCCAGACACAAAGAUGUGCUGCUUCAGUGUAGUUUACUAACUGUAUUGAUCAUUUCAAGUUCCAAAGAAUUAUUACAUCUGUAACGGCUGCCCAGGUAGUAAGAGGGUAUCAACCGUUGGAGACGUCCUUUUCUUCCCGGCAAGUUACUGUAUAGUAAUUGUCGCUUAUUCCCAUCCGCUGGAUCCACGGCAGGAGUCAGGUAGAGCUCUUAAAAGAGCUAAGUGAUUGUGCUGCAUAUUCCCUUUCAAGAACGAGACAAGGCUACGUUUUAAAGGGUCAAGAAGAACUGGCUUUUAAUGGCAGGCACUCUCUUUUUAUGUGAUUUUGCCCAUGCAAGGGAGACACCCACAUAAUUAACAAAAAACAAAUAAAACAUAAGGUACAUCCCACACAUCUCCUCCCCUCAGUUAAGCUUGUAACACAAUUAACAGAGACACAUUUUCCCCCAAGUUUUGGAUGUACCUCAAAUACUAUUCUGGGGGACCAACAUAGUAAAAAUUCAGCUCAUUCGGUUAAGCCGUUCGGGAGAUAUGGAGCUUUAAAGUUUUGACCGACCGCACUGGCAAAGUGGCCAAAAAUAGUUCCAUGAGUUUUGGCCUUUGUUCGUGUGUAACCUGACAUUCACCAGAAUCCCCAUAGGCUAUACGAUUUCCCGGUGCUAUGGAGGUCUCAGCGGUGUUCGCCUACUCGAGUGUCCGAUUUUAGUUCCAGACACUCGACGGCAAAACACCGCUGUUCAGGAGCUAAGAUGGCCGCGAACACGUGUAAGUCCCGAAAUGGCGGCCACCCAGGCACUUCGCAAAGCGUUCGUGGGUUUUCUAUGCGAAGGCACUUGUGGAUCAGGGAGGUAAAUUACCCAUAAGUAGGGAGCAGGGUGGUCCGGUGUUCGGUAGUUUGCAUUCGUAUGAUGAAUGCUUCAAAUGUCCCAAACUGAUGCAUAGUAAAAUCCCCAUAAAAGCAGGUUAGGCUCUUCCAUUUGUUACAACAUCAAUUUCUGCCAGUAUGAUCUCUGUUAAUUCACUUAAAAUGACAUGAUAGAGGAGACACUGAUGAGCUAAACCAGUGAUGAAUAACCAGGGUUCUUGUUGCUGGGACGUUUGUAAUAUUUUGCAGAAAAUAAUAAAAUACAUUUAAAAAAAAAAAAAAAAAUCGAAAUAUUUGAAGUUGUACCUUGUAGAAAAGUUAGUAGGUUUAAAAGGGUGUUUAAUUGCUUGAUUCUGAUUUCCACAAAUACUGGUAGUUUUAAACUGCCCAGAUCUACCUUAAAGGGACACUAUAAGUACCAAGACAACCUAUGCUUAUUGCCUAUGUCAGGGGUACGCAACCUUUUAGUAGUACUGUGCCAAGUCAAGGUCUUAAAGUACAUUGGCGUUCCCGUCCUAAUUUUUUUUUUUUUUUUUUUUUUUUAAAUUGAGGUGUGUAUGCUACCAUAUCCUGCUUGUGUUAUAGGUGCUGCAGUUGUGUUGCAGUGUUUUAUAUGUGUAUGUGGGCUGUUCUAUUGUAUAUGUUCAUUAGUAGUGUGUGUGUGUGAUGCCUAUGAAUGGGGGCUGCUUGUGGAAUUGUGUGUGUGUGUGUGUGUGUGUGUGGAUGAUAUGUCACAUUGUGUAUUUGGCACUGUGUGUAUGUAUGGGGCUGCUUAUGUUAUUGCAUAUGAGAGGCUAUUUGUGGGGUAGUGUGUAUGUGGAUUGUCUGUGGUGUUUGAGGUGACUUUGUGUGUUUGUGUUUGGGAUGUUUUUGCAUUUUUAUGAGGGGAGGGUUAUUCUGCAGCUCUGUGUUGAUGUGGAAUCCAUAAAUUAAUUGAUUAUCUUGUGUAUCUGCCCCCAGCCAAAUUAAAGAAGUAGUGCGUGCACGCUCCUAAAGUAAUUCACACCAGACACAGGUUUCGGGUUAAUGAAAAACUUGAAUGUUUAUUCUGAGGGGACGGCAUGUGCCUUAUAAAGCAAAAUUACAUCAUAUGCAUUGUCAGAGAUAACAUGGAAUAAUACAUCAAUAAUUGGUUAGGUCUUUAGUGGUUCAUUUAUUGCUCUUCCUAUUGGGUGUGAUGUCAUGGGUAUCUUGGAGGUCUCCCCCAGAUUCCAGCGCCAUCUUGUUAGUGAGGGUGUUAGUCGAUGUCAAAGGGAAACUCCCUAGCGGCCAUUUUAGGUAAAUCACAUAGAAAGUUGAAUAAUGCUGAGUAAAUAGGCAUUUUACUAACAUGGAUUGGGUUAAUAAUUUUUGUCCACAACAGUGUAUAUCUAGCAGUGUGAGUGGCUUCCCUGGGGUUCAGUGGGGCCUAGGCUGGCCAAGUACAGGUCAAGGGCAAGAGCUGUGAUAGCCGCUGAGGGCUGCUCUAUUCUAGUAUCGAUUCCUAUUCACACAUGCUGAGCGGAUGGGAUCUGAGAUCACUUCAUCUGUGUGCUGCAAUGCAUAACUUGAGUAUUGUCUCUUACUACAUUUUAACACUAGCAGAUAUCUAAAGUUUGACUAAGACUCCUGAUAGGCCAGGGCCUAUUUUUUGGCUCUAGCAGUUUGGAGUGCCGUGCCAUAGAUUGCUGACCCCUGUCCUAUGUUCUAAUGGAAUUAAAUUUUCAAAGAACAAUCCCUCCCCCCCCCCCCAUAUUUCAAAUAUAUUAUCUUUUUUAGUACUUUACAUGAUGGAUGUGAACCCCCCAUUUUGUAAUGUCCUUUUAAAGAUUAUAGAUUGCUCAUUUAUUCCCACGAAUGAAGUCUUGAGAAAUAAUGAAAUGGUGUGAAACAGCUAUAAAAUUAACAUGGGGAUAGAGGACAGGAAACCUGGCAACUCUUGGAUGAAUAACUUGUCUUGGUAAUAACCCAGCAGUAACCGAUUGGCACUUUCUCUCUAUAUCAAGGUUGAGAAACACAGAUGUAUAGUAGUUGUGUGAUUCUGGGUGAAAUUAGUUAUUUUAAUAUGUUGUCUCAGGUACUCCAGUGAAGUCCAUAUACUGAUCCAAUCGCUAAAUCUGAUUAACAAAUAUGAUACUGUAGUUGCAUGAAAUAGACCAUAAAGAUAAUUUGGUCAUUUCCACAUCUUUUUUUUUCCUUGAUUACUGAAAAUUAGCCAAAACGUCCGAACACAUUCGUAUUUCAAUCUCCUUUGACCAUUUCAUCUUCUCUUGCUGUUUGACUUGUAUUUGGUCACAAUUGGUAGAGCAGGUUUACAAUUUAAUGCAUGCACAGUACAAAUAAAUAGCAAUGCAAAAAUAUCAUUUGUUUGCAGAGGUUUUUACUGCCUUGAGGGCCACAACUUUCUUAUAUAAUGCUAGACCACAUUCACACUAAAUCGAGUUAUACAUCAUAGUACAUGGGUGUCCUAUAAUAACAUUAAAAAAGGAACAGUUCCUCUUGCUGUCAUUUUAAUGCUUUCCAUUCACAAUUUUUAUUCGUUUCCCAAUGGGCUAAUGUCCCAUACGUAGCACACCUACAAUCGGCUUUUUCUGCCUGACCAGUGUAAUUGUAUUGACACAUCUGAAAGAAUGUGUUUUGCACUUGCUGAGGUUUAGGACUUGGCAGGGGAUGUUCUUGUCAUAUUAUGUGUGCGAUCAGUCCUUUAAGUGUCAUAAGCAAGAACUUGGUUUUCUCAAUCAGUGUGCUUUGUUUCUUUCUCAUAAUGUGUUUUGCCACGUGAAUAAGGGCACUUUGUGACUACAUGCUGUUCAUUAAGUCCGUUAUCUAGCGGGCCGAGUGAUGAGCACACUAUUGCUCAAAGUCUCUUCGUAUUCCUAGGUCCAAAUAAGAUAUAUCCUGAAUUUGCAACACGUUCAGUGUAGCCUUUUUGUCCUUCUCAGGUCGAUUUUUUUUUUUUUUUCUCAUUUAUCUUUUUUAUUAAUGCAUAAAGAAUUACCAGAUUUUACUAAUUACAUGACGUAAAGUCAUGAUUUUAUAAAGGACACGGAGGCGAGUAUUAGGCUUUAUCUCUUUCUUUAUUCCUCAGCAGCAAAGAAAGGAUAUUGAUAUUUUUAAUAUAGCAAUAACAAAAAGAUAAAACAAAUACCCUUAAGGGUUAACCAUAUAACAUUCCAUAUCCAUUAACCAAUAGGAUCAGUCCUUGUACUAUAUCCCUUCAUGUGAGGUAAACUACUUCCUCUUUCUGGCUGACGCCGAAGCUGAACACAUCAACAAGGGAAAAAAAUUUUUUCUCAAACUUGGGUAAUCUUUCGUAGGGGUUCCGGCGAAUGUUCCAAAUAAUGUCGAGAUAGUGGACGAUCCCGGUUAUGUCAUCACAGGGUUAAGCUGUAGGAGACAGAGAGAUAUAUGGUAAAAUAUAUUCGAAUAUCGUUGUCAUGCAUAUAUGUUGUACCGGUCCUUAGACAAACGUUUAUAUCUGAAAAACAUUGCUUGCGACAUUCUAGCAUAAAUCAGUCUAAAUUGCAGUUACUACCUUAUAACUUAGAUUCUAAACAUCCAAAAUGCCAUAACUUGUUUAUGAGCGAGUGGGUGGGAAAAAAUGCAUGUACGGCUUACCUUUCAGUGGGCGGGCUAAUACUCGCCUCCGUGUGACUUUACGUCAUGUAAUUAGUAAAAUCUGGUAAUUUUAUUAAAGGACACGGAGGCUCUUAUUAGGCUAGUUUAAAGCUGUGAUAUGACCCUAGAUGAGAUAUGUUCUGUUGGUCUAAAGUAGUAUUCCUUGAACGUCGAUUCUCGGGACCAGUCAGCUGUGCGGAGGAGGUCUUCCAGUUUACAUCCAAUGGAGAAUGCUUUAGAGGCCAUAGCGCCUCUGGUAGAGUGUGCUCCGUAAGCGGCCGUGUCGAUGUUAGCAUUUGACAUUAUCCAUUUCACCCAACGUGUCAGAGUUCCCGUGGAUACUGGUUGAUGAGGUUUCCUCACUGCCAAGAAUAAAUUAUGUGUGUUUGGGUUCCGGAAUGGCUGGGUCCGUAAUUCAUAUUCCUGCAGGCAUGCUACCGGGCAGAGGUUAGCGUUGUGAGGAAAGGAGGGAUAGAAGACUGAAGUGGUGUUCGACUUUGUACGUCUGGUGAUAUUAAACAGGACACCAUCCGGUGUGAAUGAUCGUGCAUCGAUAUCCAAGGCCCUCACGUCUGAUACCCGUUUGCAGGAAAUUAAGCAUAGAAGCAUCGCCAAUUUUGCAGACACUUGUUUGAGUGUUAGGUUCGAGUUUGGGGCCAAUCUUGCAACAAACGAAGGACCAUAUUCACAUCCCAUAGGGCCGUGUAACGAGGUUGUGGCGGACGUGCAAAUUUUAUGCCCCGUAGGAGACGACAGAUCCAUAAGUGCUUCCCAGCCGGGAAACCUUCCCAACCAGUGUGCCCAGCUGAAAUCGCUGACCUGUAGACAUUUAUGGUGCGAUAAGCCAAGCCUUGAUCAUAAAGGGUAGUAAGGAAACCCAAAACCUGGUUUAUAGGAGCACGUAUGGGAUCCACGUGCCGUUCCACGCACCAACUACACCAUGUGUUCCAGGCAUGGGCAUAGGAACGUCUUGUCCCUGGGGCCCAAGCUCCUGCCAAUAAGUCCAAAGUUGCUUGUGAAACAUUCGGCAUGGUCCAGGGUCCCCGGAGAGGAGCCAUGUGAGGAGUCUGAGAUGACCUUGCACCAGAAGUGGAUGAGAGUUCCCAUCGGGGUCUGAUAAUAAUUCCGUGCUCCCUGGAAUCAAUCUGGGGAGGUCGAUUGACAUUUCCAUGAGCGAAGGGAACCAUGGCUGUGCUGUCCAGAACGGUGUUAUCAAAACCAACGAAGCUCGGGAGCGCUGUAAGUGUAGGAGAGUUCGCGCUAUGAGUGAGAAAGGGGGGAAGGCGUAUAGCCUGGUGUUCGGCCAAUUUUGUAGGAAGGCAUCCACUGCCGUGGCGUCUGGGUCCGGUCUCCAGCUGAAGAAUGAGGGGAGUUGAGCAUUCAGUCGGGAGGCAAAAAGGUCGAUGUGCAUCGGUCCCCAGAGUUGGUGGAGCUUCUGGAAUACUGUGCGAUUCAAUCGCCAUGCACUGUUGUCUCGUAAAUGCCUGGAGUGCCAAUCCGCUACGGUGUUGGAGAGGCCUGGGAGGUAUUCCGCCUGUACGGAUAUGUUGCGACUCAGGCAGAAAUGCCAGAAUUCUUUCGCCAAGUUCGUGAGGGUUGAGGACCUUGUGCCACCCAAGUGGUUGAUGUAGCGGACGGCUGAGACAUUGUCCAUGCGCAGGAGUAUGGAACAAUUGGUCGUGUGUCCGAGGAGGCUCCGUAGGGCGAAUGACCCAGCCAGGAGUUCCAAACCAUUGAUGUGGAGUUCUUUUUCUUCGGAAGACCAUUUUCCACCUGUAGAGGUAGGACCACAGCGGGCCCCCCAUCCCAGUCUGCUCGCGUCGGAUUCUAUGACUAGAUCCGGAGUGGCGCCGAAGAUUGCCUUGCCGUUCCAUGCUUCCAUGUGUUGAAGCCACCAUGCCAGUUCCUCUUUUGCCGCGCAGUCUAGAGGUACAGAAUCUGAAUAGGAGUGACCCAAGCGUAGGUGAGUUGCCUUGAGUUGUUGUAGGGAUCUGUAGUGGAGAGGGCCUGGGAAGAUCGCUUGUAUAGAGGCCGAGAGCAGGCCAAUUAUCCUGGCUAGCUGUCGGAGGGUUAAGACUGGUCGAGUCAACGUCCUCCGGAUUUCCUUCUUGAUAAGUUUUACUUUCGCGGUAGGAAGACUGAGCGUUCCGUGUACUGCGUCUAUAUCGAAGCCCAAAAACUCUAUCGAGUGUGAAGGUUGUAGGAUCGAUUUGUCCCAAUUGAUUAGGAAACCUAGGUUUUGCAAAAGGGUCACUGUCCAGAAUAGGUGUUGAUUCAGUAGCUGUGUGUCUUGAGCCAUGAUCAGCAUGUCGUCGAGGUAUAUGAUCAGACGUACACCUCUGCUGCGAAGGAGGGCAACUACCGGUUUCAGCAGCUUGGUGAAGCACCACGGGGCUGAAGACAGGCCGAAAGGGAGGCAGCGGAAACGCCACAUCGUCUGUUCCCAUUGGAAUUGCAGUAAUUGCUGACAGUCCUCGGCAAUCGGUAUUGUGAGGUAUGCAUCCUGGAGGUCCAACUUUACCAUCCAGUCUCCCAGUCUUAGUAGGUCUCGGAGGCAGUGUAUUCCUUCCAUCUUGAAGUGAUGGUAUGUGACAAAGGCGUUGAGAGGCCGCAAGUUUAUUACUGGCCUCGUGCCUCCACCUUUCUUGGGUACUAGGAAGAUGUUGCUUAGGAACCCGGGGGCGGUAAUGGGAACCCUGUAUAUCGCACAUUUUUCCUCCAGUGUGCGAAUCUCUUUUAACACUAGCUGUUUGUCUAGUGGGGAAAAAACAAUCCGAUGUGGCAAUGAGAGUUGAAUCGGCUGUUGUGUAAAUUCGAUGUGAUAGCCGAGGAUGGUCUCUAGGACCCAUGUAUCUGAGGUUAGGUUGUGCCACGCAUCCUGGAAAUGAAACAAUCUGCCCCCCACAGGUACAAAGGGAAAGGUGCGUAAUGUGGAGUGACUCACCAUAAGGCCGACGGCCAUAGGAGGAUCCCCUGGUUCCGCGUGGAUGCCAUGAUCUGCCCCUGGUCGGGAAGAAUGGUGAUUGUGCCCUCGGUUCGGGUGGGUGGAACCGUGGUGUGGCGGAGCCUCGAUAGCCCCGGAACUGAGUCCGGGAGGGGCGGCCGGACAGACGGCCCCGCUGUCUGCCGGCCCCCCCGAAAACCUUUUGCGAGAACACUCGCUUCAUAUUAUGUUGUGCCUUAUCUAGUGCCGUAAAUGUGUUUACGUAAUUACCCAGGGUCUUAACAAAAUUGUCUCCGAAUAAGAGACCUUUUGCCUGUGUUCCAGGCUCAGAGAUUGCCAAAUGCACUAGUUUUGGCUCGAUUUUCAUCAAUAUGGCUUUACGCCUUUCUGUGGCCAAAGCGGUGUUGGCAUUUCCUAUUAGGCAUAUGCCCCUCUGAAUCCAGCCUCUGAUGGCCAUCAAGUCAAUUGGGGUCCCCCCAGUAAGGGCCGCUUCGACCAUAUCGAAGAUUUUAGCUAUAGGCCCGAGUAUGUCCAGGAUCUUGUCCUGGCAGUGUUUUAAGGAGUAGUCCAAACCCUUCUUGGCCCUCCAACCUGACUUACCCAGGAAUUGGGCGACCUUGGGAUCCACUUCAGGGGUCACGCAAGCCAUGUCUGGGACAGUGGGCCUUGGGCAUUCCGCCCUCAGUUUGCUUCUUGUGGCCUUGUCGAGGGGUUUUCUGACCCUAGUCGCAAUAUAAACGGCCACAUGAGUUGUGGGGUACCACUCCGCUGAACGCGGAUUAUGCAAGGUGUCGGGAUCAAAAAGGGGUUCCCCUUGGGGGUCUAAUACAGCGGACUCAUCCGUCUCGCGCUCCGCGUCUAAAGCUGGGUGUCGCUGCGUUCGGGGGACGAAUUGUCUGAAUUAAUUGGGUCGAUGUCAUCGGACCCAUCUGAUACCUCCUCUGAGUCCGAGUCGGAGUCGGACGGAUCAGAUAGGGCUUUUGCCCUCUUCCAAGUCCGCACCGUUUUUGCCCGGCGGGGGGCUCUUUUACGUGGGAGCACCACGUCAUCAAUUUCAACAGGGCGCAACCUGUCCGUCUUACUGGUUCUGGAGGUAGCACCUGACAGAUGGUGCGAUUUGCACGUAGCCUUGCGGCCGCUAGGGACCAUUGGCUUAUCAGUGGAUAUAGGGGGUGCAGAGCCCGGGUUGUGGCUGGAUGCCCUAAUAGCAGAGGAGAUAGAGUGGGACAGGGUGUCCGACAUCGCCCCCAUGGUGGUAAAAAUGGCCUGUGUAACAGACUUACUCAUCGUAGCAUCCAGGAGCGCCUGGAACUCCUCUGAGUUCACGUGCUCCUGGGAUGCGUCCCCAACUCCCCCAGUGACAGCAGCGUCUGUAGACAGGGCUGUCUUAUCAUGUUUGCUGGGUUUCUGAGAGGUGGGAGGGGGGGUAACCGUCUGUUUACUAGCAGGAGACUGCAUAGUGAUCAGGGUGUUGCACAGUAAUAGUAGAGGGAGAAAGGCACUAAAAUAAAAACUGUCACUAUUGGACAAAUGCACACUGGCAGCACUGCAGAGGUUUGUAUACCAGCAGUAUAGGGCAAGUGGCUGAGCACUAGACUGAAUAGCAAGGGCAAGCACAGUUAUAAAAGGCACAUGUAAUAUGGCACAUAUAAUAUGGCAGCUUACCGAGUGUUCCCUCAGGAAUGACUCCUGGGGGACACUGGUAAGCUGCCCAACACCUCCCUCAGCCAAUCAGCCCGCGCCCCUCCCUGCUAGAGUGGCGCGGACCGCGGGCGAAAAGAGCGGCAAAACUGCCCACACUUAAGAUGGCCGCCGCGAUGCGCGAGAGUGGACCGCGCAUGCGCGAGCGACGGAAAUGGCCGCCAAAGUAACAGCCGCCCGUCUGGCGGCGAAACGGCUCGUUCUGGGCCGGGGAGGUGAGGGGGGGGUGGGGGUGGGGAUUCCUGAGCGACCCCCACCCGGGGAAGUGGAAAGGAGGAACGGGUUAUAAACAACCCGAAACGGCAGUGCAGGAUGGGGCUUGCCUCAUUGAAGAGGCAAGUACCCUGCACUGGGAACAGGCUUAAAGAACAAAACACCAGCAAUAUACAGAAAUUUUUUUUUUAAAUAACAGACAAAACAAAAAGCAGAUAUAAAAAGAGAACAGUAUAAAGAUAAUAAUAUGAAUCAGGAGAAACUGAAAAAAAAAACACAAUAUUUUGUGGAGCUGAAAAAUAUGUGGUACUUAGCUGAGGCAGCAGCAAAGAAAGAGUAAGUGGUUUACCUCACAUGAAGGGAUAUAGUACAAGGACUGAUCCUAUUGGUUAAUGGAUAUGGAAUGUUAUAUGGUUAACCCUUAAGGGUAUUUGUUUUAUCUUUUUGUUAUUGCUAUAUUAAAAAAUAUCAAUAUCCUUUCUUUGCUGCUGAGGAAUAAAGAAAGAGAUAAAGCCUAAUAAGAGCCUCCGUGUCCUUUAAUAAAAUCAAACAUUUUGCAGCGCAGUGCAAUUUUGACAUGCCAAACCAGUCACAGGCGCAGCUGUGGAUAUCAUGUUUUAAAAGAUUUACCCCACAUGUGGGUAGAAACAGCUGCUGUGUUACACAUCUGUUGUACUAGCUGCUUUGCAAUAGUUUUUUAACUUUUAACUAGAGGAUAAGAAUGGGGUACAGAAGAAAAAGGGAGGGGGUAAGGGGGGGUGCCCUGGGCAAUAGAUAUUGCAGUUUUCAGUUCAUUGUUGUAUGUAUCCCUGUGUGUGUCCUUGUUUCCCCUGGUCAGCCUUUUAACUCUCGACCGGCCAGCUACUCCAUUCUCUGUCAUAUCUCUCACUACAGCCGUUUGCUCUGCAUGCCAUUUUCUCAUAUUGACUGAUCAGAUCCAUUCUGUUAAUGAUAUUGGGUAUAGCUGGUGUUUGAUUGCUCUUCCAGCUACCUGCCAACAUUAUUUUUGCUACUGUGAGUAUGUUGAGAAUUACCUUUCUGUGUGGGUGGGAGGCAAUACCGGGUGCUAUGUGGAGAAUGUAGUGUUCUGGUUUCAAGGGUAGGGUGAAUCCUGUCCUAUCUAGUAUGAGGGAGUGAACUUUUUCCCAAUAGUCUGUUAGAAGGGGACAGGCCCAGAAAAUAUGGAUUAUGGAUCCCUCACUGAUGUUGCACCUCCAGCAUUUCCCGGACGUGCCCGGGUACAUGUAUGCUAGUCUUUUUGGUACUAGAUACCACCGCAUUAAAACCUUGCAGUAUGCUUCCCAGAACGUAAGGCUUUGCGAAGCCCGUUUUGUGACUUUCAAAGCUGUCAGCCAGUCUGCCCUGGGGAUCUGGAGACCCAGGUCCCCUUCCCACUGUGUCAUGUAUGACAGCUUAUCAGGGACUGUCGCGGUGAUCAGUGCUUUAUAGCACGCUGACAGUGGCUUUACAUGCCUGGUGGUGAGUAACUGUGUCAUUGGUAGGCGGGGAGUGAAGGAGCGACUGGUGAGUUCGCGGAUAUGCGAGUGUAUUAUAUUUUUUACUCUGAGAUAUAGAAAGAUAUCCCUCACUGGCAAACAUAGGUCUUUUUGCAACUCUGGAAAUAGCUUAACCUUGUCCCCUACUAAGAUAUCCCGGACCUUAUGUGCACCUCCCUCCCUCCAUCGAUCCAGCUUCAGGUCAGGGGAGAGUAUUUCUAAUGAUGUCAGGGGUGCUGAUUGGAAGAGCGAUUUGGAGUCUGCUAUGUAUGGGCUCCAUUUAUUCCAGGCCAUUAGUAAAAACUUUGUGCUCUGCAGCUGUUUUCCCCUCGCCACUCGUGUAUGCCCCCCCGCCCAUAGAUAACUUGACAGAUCGUGGGUAUUCAGACAGGCACUCUCCAUUGCAAACCAUAUGGGGCGACGGAGUGUGCAAGUGGGGCGCAGUAGACAGAGACCCUGUGCUAGAGCGGUUGCCCUGUAGUAAGCCUUAAUGUCUGGCAUAUUCAGUCCCCCGUCCGUGCUCGAGAGCCCUAGAGUACCUUUUGCUACUCUCGGGGGCUUCCGCUUCCAUACAUGUGCGUUUAUGGUGCUUUGAUAGUUUUAGUAAUUUGGUCGGUAGCGCGAUGGGUAGGGUUCUGAAUAGGUACAAAAUGUGCGGUAAGACCAUCAUUUUCACAAGAUUGAUUCGGCCUAACCAGGACACUUCAAGACCCUCCCAUUUUUCUAGUGUGAGUUUAAGUUUCUGAAUGACCGGAUGAUGGUUUUCCCUUGUAAUGGUUUGGAUGGAUUUCGUAAGUUUGAUCCCUAGGUAUUGUAGGGAGUCCUUUCGCCAAUCGAAUGAGUGUUGUGAUUGUAGUGUCGUGACAGUGGUACUUGGCAGAUUUAUGUGCAGAGCUUGUGUUUUCAGGGAGUUGUUUCUGUAGUAAGAUACCUGCCUGUAUGUGUCAAGUCUAUGUAGGAAUUGUGGUAAAGAAGAUUCUGGGUGUGUUAUAAACACUAAAACAUCGUCUGCAAAUAAUGCCAGUUUCUGUGUGCCACCAGGUGUUUGGAGACCCUGUAUCGCCGAGUCGCUUUUAAUGAGGCGAAUCAAGGGUUCCAGGCUCAGUAUGAAAAUGAGGGGUGAGAGGGGGCAUCCCUGCCUCGUACCAUUCCUGAUCUCUAUUUGGUUGGAUACGAAGCCUGUGCUGAACACUCUGGCUGUUGGGUGUCGGUAUAGGGCAAGGAUGCUUGCCAGAAUUUUUGGGGUAAACCCCAUUUUGGAUAGUGUCAAUGACAUGUAGUCCCAGUGGAGGCGAUCAAAGGCCUUUUCGGCGUCCAGCGCCAAAAUCAGGCCGGACUGAGACGUUAGGUUUGCCCAAUCUAUAAGGUUCAUAAAAUGUCGUGUGUUGUCCCCUACCUGUCUCCCUGGUACGAAACCCGCUUGUUCUGCGGAAAUAAGAUCCGGAAGCAUCGAUUUAAGCCUCGUUGCAAUCAAUUUGGCAUACAAUUUUGUGUCUGCGUUCAGAAGGGAAAUCGGGCGUAAAUUAGCACAGUGGGUGGGGGGUUUGUUUGGUUUGGGCAGCGUUACAAUGAAGGCUUCCAGCAUUUCCUUGGGUAUUAUCCCAGAAUCUUUUAUGUUAUUAAAGAGUUUGGUGAGGGGGGUGACCAGUUGUGGGGAGAGUUUUAUGUAAUAAUAGUUUGAUAAACCAUCUGGGCCAGGGGCUUUGUGUUUGGGUAGGGUCUUGAUGGCGUUCUCUACUUCUUCCUCUGAGAAGGGUUCUUCCAGAGAGGAGCAUUGUGCGUAAGUCAGGCAUGGAAGCUCAACUUGGUCAAUGAAGCGCUCUAUUUCCGAUAUGUUUGGUUGAUAUGUGCUAUGGUCAUUGACUAAUUGAUAGAGGGAUUCAUAGUACCUUGCUAAUUCAUUGACAAUGUCUUGGGGAUUAUAUAAUUUUGCUCCUCGCUCCGAGGUAAUGUAGGGAAUUUUUGUUUGCAUUUUGGUUUGGUGGACCUUUCUAGCCAGAAGCUUUCCCGCCUUGUUUCCCAUGGUGUAGUAUGAUUGCUUAAGGAACCGCAUUUUCUUUUCCGUUUCUAUUAGCUGAAGUGAGUUAAGUUUUGCUCUGAUUCCUGCUACUUUUUCGUGUGUGUUGCUUGUGGGAUUCCGUUUAUGUGCCUCUUCAUUUGCAAUUAAGUCUUGUUCUAAUUGUAGUUUAUCGUUGUUAUGUUGCUUUUUUGCCCUCGCCCCUAAUUGAAUUAUACCACCCCUUAAGACUGACUUGUGGGCUACCCAUUGGGUUGUUAUUGACGUCUGGCAAUUUGCGUGGUUCUUAAAGUAAUCCUCUGCCUGGGCCCGUAUUUGGAUAAGAUAUUCAGGAAUGUCGUUGAGACGCCACGUACCUCGUCCCCUUGCCGGGUAUGGGAUCUUAAUUGUUACAAUUUGUGGAGCGUGAUCGGACCACGUGAUCGGUCCAAUGUGUACACUGAGCGCAAAAGGUAGCGUUUUAAUGUCAAGGAGACAUAGAUCUAUUCUGGUGUGUGUCAUAUGAACGGGCGAGCAAUAGGUGAAGUCUCUCUCUUGUGGGUAUAAAUUUCGCCACGUGUCAUAAUAAUCGUGUUCGUGUAUGAGUUUGCUUAAAUGUUGGCCUAAGGCCAAGGAGGCUGGUUUUGGCGGUUCAUUGUUUGCCCGUCUGAUGUCUAGGGAGGGGUCGGGAGAGCAGUUAAAGUCCCCGCAAAUUAUGGUAUGGCCCUCUCUGUGUUGUGCUAUUAUUCGGAAGGCCAUAUUUAAAAAGGUUUUCUGCGAGUCAUUCGGUGCAUAUAGGGAGACUAUGGUCAUUUUUAAGCCAUUCAGUGAUCCCACCAAGAUCAGUAGCCUCCCAUCCCUUCUGGUGUAUUGUUUGGAGAGGGCGAACGCCCAGUCAUUAUGGAAAUAUAAGGCUAUUCCCCUGGAUUUAGUCGGAGCUAAGGCGUGGUAGCAUUGAUUAUAGUGUUUAACAUUGAAUUUCGGUGGAUUCCGGGCGCAAAAGUGUGUUUCCUGCAAACACACUAUUGCUGCUUUAGCCUUAGUCAUUUCCUGUGCCGCCAUUCUGCGCUUGUGGGGACUAUUGAGGCCUUUCACAUUCAGGGUUAAGAUUUUCAUAGCAUUAGCCAUUCUAAUCUCUUUGUAGGAUGCCUAUAUGGUGCGUACGUAUUCGAGUGGCUGUGUUCAGCGCCUAUCUUUAGUAUUGCCCAGAGGUGGGGAAAGAGAGGGACGUCUGGGGUUAACAACAAUAACCAAAAUAGGUAUAACAAAAUGAAGUAUGUACAUAGCGCCAUUCGUUUUUUCAGCGCUUUACCUGAAUUGAGUGCGAGCCGGGCAAACGGUCCCGUCUCUGCUCUCAAGUCCUAGGGGAGCGUUUGACGAAGAGAGGACAGCAUUUACGACCUCUGUCAGGACUAUGUGAACCGCCUUUUUUGCAGGAGUGUUCUGCCCCUGUGAUGCGGAAAAUAAAAGUACCUGGCCCUUUGGAUGUUUGAGGGUGUACCUUCUAGGCAAUACGUCUAUCUAAUCUUUGCUUUCUACCGUCUAAGUCCACCUAUCCGUUUGUGUGGGUGACUGGAACUUUCUUUUGUUCUGCUGAUCCCCGGCUCACAAUGUACUCAUCCCCGAAAACCUUAGAUUUCUCCCUCCUCAACCUGACUUUGUCUCAAAUAGGUAAUGCUAGCACUGUCGUGUUGAAGCACUAAACAUGUGUGCAUAUGCAUUAUACUCACAACACCUUGUCAGUUCGUUUUGCAAAAAGCAAUUAGGACAGUCACUAUGAGACACCAUCACAGUCUUAGUUGGAAGGGCCCAGUGGACUUUUAAGGUAGAGAGGGUGAUCCCGCCAUCUGCCAUUCUCUCUGUGGCCGGCCUGGCGAUGCUGUCGGCGUUUUUUCUGGGGAGCGUAACGGAAAAAGGCCCCAUUCCUUUAGAAGCCGCAUGCCCACCUCCGGUUCGUGUGCUGUAUGUGAUCUUCCGUUCCUCCAGACAAUGAUUUUGGUCGGAUAUCCCCAGCGAUAUUGAAUAUUGUUGUUCGUCAGUGUUUUUGUGACUGUUACAAACUCUCGUCUCCUGCUCAUGGUCAUGGCCGAGAGAUCUGCGUAUAGUUGGACAUUUUCAUAUGGUGUAGGCAGAUUUGUUCCUUUCCUAGCCGCCGCCAGUACUGCGUCCUUUGUUUUGAAGUAGUGGAAACGCACAACUAUGUCUCGCUGCGUAUCUGGUGUUAGCCGUUGGGGCCUCGGCAGGCGGUGCGCCCGGUCCAUAAGCCAUUCUGCUUCUGGUACUGUUGGGACCAGGGAUUUGCAUAUGGUCAUUAUGCUCUCUGCGAGGUUAUCAUUUGUAACGGAUUCCGGAAUUCCUCGGAACCUGACGUUGUUUCGCCUUGAGCGAUCUUCCAUGUCGGCCAUCUUCUUUUUAAGGGACAUGUGUUCUUCAGUUAGAUUCUGUACAGCUGUCGCCAGUGUGUCAUGUGCUGAGCAUAGCUUGUCUUGUCUGGCUUCCAGGCUAUUGGUUCUCUCUCCCAAUUCUGAUAUUUCCUUUUUGAUAUCAUUAGUAGCCUGUCUCAGAUCUUUUUGCAGCGUUAACCUGAAGUCCUGCAGCAUGGAGAAAAGCUUUCUGUCUGUAACUGGGGCGUCUGUAUAGUUGCCUGCCUCAUGAUCCUGUUCUUGUGUGGAAUCUGAGGUUUGGGAUAGCGCGGGUCCGUCGCCGCCAUCUUGAAUGGACCGGGAUCUGUCUUUUUUUUUGUUGGCGGAUUGGAUCUGUGAGCUUCAUUUGUUUGGCAGGGGCCAUCACAGCAGUAGGAGGUCUGUACCUUUAUUUGUGCCGUUUUUCGAGCGGUUUGCUUCGUGGUAUCAGGCUUAGAGGUCUUAUGCCGCCGGGAGCUCUCACGCCAUGCGGCCGCUCACUUCAGCCGUCCGCCCCGCCCCCUCCUCAGGUCGAUUUUUUUAAAAAGUGCCAUUGAGUUGGGUAGUAACAAACCUCCUACAUUCUUAAUUUGGAUUUGCUGCCACACCAUCCUAGGUUUUUUUUUCAGGUGUUUCAUCUUCUGGUGACAACAGACAAAAUUCCCCAAAACUGGUAGCCCACAACUCCAUUACAAAACAUCCAAUAACCAAUAUGUAAAAACAAAGGGCAGUCAGCAAGAGCUCUCUCUUCUACCGUAGGAUGCCCUUGGUAUAUAGCCUAUUUGUGCUAGUCUUUGAUCUCCCAUGAAGACCAGGGAGACACAUUCUCAUUACCAGGUUCAAUUUCUGUGUUGCCAUAGCAACUUGGCAUCCUGGAUUUGUUAGGUCUUGAUUACAGAUCUGUAGAUGUGUUAUUUUCCUGUAGGGUCUGUUGAAACUUGUUUUGAAUUUUUAUUUUAUUUAUUGCUUGCUUGUGCAAGUACAAGGUGUAUGUAUGCUGCAUGGUUGCAGAGCCCAAGUCUGAACAGCUAAUGAAUAUUGGUUUAGGCAGCUGGAACAACAGCUUAUAAAAAUAGGUCAGUGUUCUUUGCUGCGAUCAACUGUAUUUCUGAUUUAUUUAUUUUUUGUAUGUGAUUGUGUUUCACCAUAUUUCACUGUGCUGUUUGAGAACAGUGGUAACCUAAAAACCUGACCCAUAAGGCUAUUGGAAUGCACUAUGGUAGGUACCGUAUUUUUCGCUCCAUAAGACGCACCUCACCAUAAGACGCACCUAGUUUUUAGAGGAGGAAACCCAGAAAAAAAAAUAUUCUGAACAAUGUGUUUCUUACUAUGGGACAGUUUGUUCAGAAUAUUUUUUUUUCUCCCCUGUCCCAUAAUGAUCUUUAACCCCCCUUUCCUCUGUCCCAUAGUGUUCUUUAACCCCUCCUCCCCUUGUCCCAUAGUGUUCUUUAAUCCCUCCUCCCCUUGUCCAUUAGUGUUCUGAUCCCAUAGUGUCCCCCCCUCCCAUUGUCCCAUAGUGCACUUUCCCUCCCAGAGUGUCUCCCCCUCCCCUUGUCCCAGAGUGUCUCCCCCUCCCCUUGUCCCAGAGUGUCUCCCCCUCCCCUUGUCCCAUAAUUACUUACCUGUCUUGGAGCGUGGGCCGGCUUCACAGCGCGCUCCGCGGUCCAGGAACUUCUAUUUCAGGUUCGCCCAUGCUCCAAGACAGGUAAGUAAAGCUUUACAUUCGCUCCAUAAGACGCACAGACAUCUCCCCUCACUUUUGAGGGGAAAAAAAGUGCGUCUUAUGGAGCGAAAAAUACGGUAGUUAAUCCUUUGCGUGUCUGUACACCUUUACAGUUUAUUUAUUUUUCCCUCACUUUUUUAAAGGGUACUGUCCCUUUCAGGAUUUUUUUUUAAUACUAUGUGUUUAUUCAUUGGGGUAUAUCUUAAAAGACCUUGCAAAAGCUGCAGUUCUUAUGUAUUGCAGUCUGAAUCUGCGCGCGUGCCUGGUGUGAGGUGUGGAGGAGCGUUAGAUGCAGGUCUGAAGUCUGUUUGGGAGGAGGCAAGCACGUUGUAGUAGAGCGCACCUGCCACUUCCCCCUCCCCCACCCCCCUUUUAGGUACAGGAGGGGGACUUUCCCUGGGGUCCACUGGUGGCUCAGGCUGGUGGGAGUCAGAGUUUCCACCAAGUUUAAGUUCGUUAAACUAAUUUGCAUAUGCCCACCCAGAAUCCUUCACGGUAGUAAGCAAGUCUUAUGACUUGACUGGUGUGCACGGACAUAGGAACCAGGGGGGGGGGGGGCAGGGACAGGUAAUGGAGCAAUAUACAUUUGUCAUAUAUCGUUUUGCAGAGGCAGCAGACAGUGGAGCAAUAACCAUUGAACUUACAUUGCAUGUUCUCUGCACACUUCUCCUGCUCAGGGCCGGUGCUACCAUAAGACUGCAGAGGUGGCCGCCAUAGGGUGUGCUGGCCUGGGGGCGCAAAUGUCCGGGUGAUUUGUAGGAGGGAAGCGCACAGCGCUCCUCUACUGCCGGUUAUUUCUUGUAGUGUGGUCGAGCGCCUGUAGCUCGACUGUCUGGCAUCAGAGUGGGGUGGGGGGGGGGGGCAUUAGGGACCCAUAAUAUUGUUCCUAUACACUCACAAUACUGCCCCUGUCCCAUUGUUCCUAUCCCCCCCCCCCCAUAACUCAUAAUACUGCCCAUGACCCUCAAUACUGUCCCUAACCACCCACAAAACUGUCCCUGUCCCCCAAUACUGUCUCGUUCCCCUAACCUACAUCAAUGCUGCACUAACCACCAUAGAAUACGGCCCCUAAUAUUAAUCAUAUCCCCCACCAUAGCCCCAGUCCUCCACAAUACUGUUCCUAUCCACCCCCCCACCACAGCCCAAGUCUCCCACAAUACUGCCUCUACCCCGCACUUAGCCCCAAUCCCCAACAAUACUGUUCCCAUCUCCUCACUAAGGCCCCAAUCCCCUGAAAUACUUCCCUGUCCUACCACACUAGAGAAUCAAUCUGCCACAAUACAGCCCCCAUCACCAUCAGAUUAAAGCCCCAAUCCCCCACAUUACUGCCCCUAGUAUUAAUGUUCUAUUUAUUUUGUGCAAGUGUUUAAAAAAAAAAAAAAAAAAAUGUAUUUAUACAAGAUCGUUUGUUUUGUUAAAAUCAGGCAAUAGUGUAUUACCAGUGGUUUUAAGUGGAGUAACUUAAAUAUAUAUGCCAAAUUUUUGGUUAAUUUCUGUGAUCUGAUAAAGAACUGUUAAAUUAAAAAAAAUUAAAUAAACAAUGUGUUUAUAUAUAUAUAUAUAUAUAUAUAUAUAUAUACAUAUACAUUUUCUUCAUUUUUGUAGUGCAUUGCGGGGAUAACAGCGUAUUAAAGACAUUUCAGGACAACACAUUAGAAAAUAUCAGUAUUCAAAGCUUACGCAUGUCUGAGUUACUGCACUUUUUAAAAAGUUAUAAUAGUAGGUAACAGUAAGCAUGGUAGAUAGGGGUAGUAGAGCAAAACAAUGACAGGGAUUCAAUCCAUGCUAGUUAGGAUGUUGUAAUAGUAAUACUGUUGAAUUGUGGCCUUAGUGAAAUAUGAGUCCAUAAUCAGUGGCUUUGCCUCAAUUACUAUGGAAACAGGCCUGUGUUUAGAGUCCCGAUCAGCCCAUGCCUGUUCUGGCCGGCACAUAGCCCCCUGGUAGAUCCUGUAGCCAAAGAGCCAGCGGCCCAGACCGAGAUGUACCAGUAAGUCAAACAGGGUACCUCCAGGUUGGAAGGUCCAUUUGCUGUGGCGCCAUUCCUGCGCUAGAUACCUCUGAAUCGUGCACGGCUGCCCCCAGAGGGGAGAGUAUCCCCAGGCAGGCACUGCGGUUCAGAGAAUUUAGUGGAUCGGCUGCCUCCCCCGCGCCACUUCAAGUAGGCCGCAGUUCCGCCACUGGUGAGAACCACCACGUUCAAACUUGAAGUGGCUAGUUAAGUAGCUUAAUUCACGGGUUAACACCUAUGCCCUCGGAGCUCAGUUGAGAUGCGUCCGAUCGGCCAGGUGCUCGGGGGGCCCAGCCCCCCAUUUUUAAUGUGACUGGUUUGUUGUGAGAAAUUUCACACACUUAAAAUGUAACAUUAUAAAUAACUUUCUAGUAUACUGAAUAAGAAUAUACCCAGCGAGUAAGAAAGCUACCUCUUCCAGAUUUGUUGGGGUUCCUACGCCCAUGCUGGUGUGCAGAUCUUUGUUUAACUUUGUAUUAUCCACAUACUUCAGGUGGAAGGGGUUUUCAAUCACAGUUUUUCCUUCACCACAACCUUUUUAUUAUGUGUGUGUGUGUGUGUGUGUGUGUGUAUAUAUAUGUAUGUGUGUGUGUGUGUGUGUGUGUGUGUGUAUAUGUAUGUAUAUAUAUAAUAUAUACUCACACACACACACAUCUUCCAUUUGCCAUUAGCAAGUGAAAAUUUAGCCAUGUAAAGUAGAAAUCCAUCCCUGGAGAGUAUGCUAUGGCUUGCAGUAGAGUUUAGGUGAGAUGAGCCGUGGUACAGCAGGAUGCUAUAUAACCCCAGUGCGAUUUCAGGCACUGGUGUUGCGAAUUAUGUCUUACUAAAUUUUCCCAAUUCACAUCCUAAAUCAUUUGCUUUUUAUGAUUCAUGUUAACCUAAAUUAUAGACUCGGUUUUUUUUUUUCGUAGAUAUUUCUUCUGGCUUGUCCACCCUGCAAGCUGUCCACAGUGGUAUUCAGGUAAGAUUUGAUCCCAAAUUAUUUCACUUAUCGUUCUCAUUGUACAUUGCAAAAAUAAUGGUCAUUUGCAGAAUACUGUGAGAUAUACAUAAUACAGAUUUAGUAUUAAGGAAGAAAAUCUUAAUUAAACAGAACUUGCAAUAAAGAAAGCAUAAAUAGGGCUCUCUUUACAGGAAGUGUUUAUGGAAGGCUGUGUAAGUCACAUGCAGGGAGGUGUGACUAGGGUUCAUAAACAAAGGGAUUUUUUUUUUUAUUCUUUAUUUUUGCUGUGCAGGUGGGUACAAGGAAUCAACAGACGCCACAACAGCUUAUUGCAAGAUAUACAAUGGUUAAACAGUGGCAUGAGAGUCUGCACAAUUUUAUAUUUUUAGCAAGCUUGGCUAAACAGUUAAAUAGUUAGCGUGAAGUUACAUAAAAUACAGCGAGAUAGUUGAUGCUUAACCUGUCUAAAUCGGCAUUUGUGCUAGGCAUAUAUGGGAGAAACAAAACAGUGAGCAUAUUUUUGCCAUUAAAACAGAAGCUAAGGUUAGCAUCAAGAACAGAUUUCUUUAAGCUUAAUUAAGUUUAACCACCAGGGGGCAGCAGAGCGUCGGACACACAUGCAGGCUCAGACAUUUUGAUUACUUUCUAACUGCAGGAAGAGAGUCCAAUGCAAAAGACACAUUAAAAUUGUGGAUGAGGUGCUGGAUUAAGAGGUACACCAUAGUCUGUUAUCUCUGUAGGCAUAUGUGGUUGGAAGCCUUGAUCCCUCUUGCAGCUGUGCCAGAUCUGUGCUUGUAGCUGGUUGUUUUAGUGUGCAGGGGGGCUUGACAGUUAGCAGUGGAGUGAAGCUUGUCCCCCAUUUUCGUUGUUACCUUGUACUCAGGCAGAGUCAGAGUCCAGAGAGAGUCCCCUUAUAUCCACUGGUAUUAAUGGGAGGUGAUGCCACUGUUGGUGUGAGGGUUAUUAUGCUGAGCUGGGCUUGCUUGUGGAGUAUACCCCUCAUGCUGGUAUCCUGUGGGUGGAAGGAGCACUCAGUCUGUCUGCCGUUGCUUUGGUACUUCCCCCUCACUUCUCCGACUCACAAUGAGCGCGGCAGCCAUCUUGGAUUUUCCAUGCGGUCCCCAGUCAGUCCUCCUGCAGCCUGUGUGCCCUGAACGAGCGCUUCGUCCCCGGUGGGGUCCGGGAUAACCCCCCCGGCCUACAGGGGGGGUAACGGGGCCCUUAGCAGGCGGCGGGAGGUCCCGCCGGACCAAGCACGGGAGAUCGGCCGCCUCUCCCGCCAGGGCCUCACAGCAGGCCGCAAUCCCACUCGCCCACCAGACCGCAUCGCCAGCAGAGUGGGGGCUGGUACUUGCCCCGAAGGUUGGUGGUCGGGUCCCCUUUGUCCUCCCACAGCAGCUGAGGGUUUUCCAGGCGAGUAGGGGCAUUUUGGAGCUGGCUAUUGCGGGUUUGUCAGGGAGCUGAGGUGCCCCAUGUCCACUCAGCUCGGCGGCCAGGCCCCGCCCCCCCUUAAACAAAGGGAUUUAACUCCUAAAUGGCAGAGGAUUGAGCAGUGAGGUUGCAGGGGCAUGUUCUAUACACCAAAACUGCUUCAUUAAGCUCAAGUUGUUCAGGUGACUAUAGUGUCCCUUUAACGUUGCACUACAGCAACCCAAUCACCUCUGCUUCUUACAUGUAUGGUGCAGAGAGAUCAUCUCUUCAUUUACCCUAUGGUCGAUUGCUUAUAAAGCAAUUUUUCAAACAUUUUUACUAUAUUAAUGAUAUAAUGGUGGCAUUAAAAAAAUAAAUAAAAAGUAACCCCCCACCCCUUCUCCAUCCACCUAAUAACUCUCCCUCCACCUCCUCUUUCCAUUUCUUUUCUAUAACCCCCCCUUCAAUACUAACCUCCCCACAAAAUGCCUGAGGCAUGUAAUAUGCAUUACUUAUGUACAUAACGACAACAAGCAAUACUGAAAUGUCUAAUUUAAAUGUAACCAGAACCCAUCAACCUAUGUUUAGUCAUGAAGAAUGUACUAAAGGUACACACGCGAUUGUAAUGUAUCCACGUCUUAAUAAAAAUUGCCAAAAAAGUUACACUGUUGAAUUUGACCGUUAAGAGUAAAACAUAUUAGUGAAAUGGUUACACUGUUGAAUUUGACCGUUAAGAGUAAAACAUAUUAGUGAAAUGGUUGAAGGGCAGUACUGUCAGUUUGUCACUGGUAUGUAAAAUAUUCACAUAUUGAUCUAAGAUCAAAUAAUUUUGUAUUCCUCUUUCCUUGGAAGGUUGCAAAUGCACAUGUUGAAUGGGGCCCUUCUUGCUCUGCUGUUCCCUGUGCUGAAUACUCGACUGGUGAGUAAGUCCAACAUGCUGUUAAUCUGACAAGUGUACUACAUUCCCUAACUGAUAUGUAAUGCAUUUACUGGAACAUUAUUAGAACUGAAUUAAUUAAUUUAUUCCUUUUUUGAAAAGACCGUAAGUUGUCUUUCACAAAUUCUAGUAGUCAUUAUUUAUUUAUUUUUUUUCCUUCUUCUCUGGCAGCUCAAGGUAGUGUUGGUUUUUCUUCAAUAUAUAUAUUAACUUGAGAACAAAACCCAUUGCCUUGCUAUGAAAAAUGUGCUGUAAAAUUAAAUUUGUCUGAUUUUUUUUUUUAAUUUCAAGUAUUGUGAAUCAAAAACACAGAUUUAUAUAUAAUUGGACAUUAGAGAAUGAUGUAGUUAAUAUGAUGCAAAGGGUCUGUGCAGGUCUUUCCCCUCCUAACCCUAAGCUUCUAUCAAUCUGUUUUGGAGCGGUUUUGACAAAAACUGGUUCUGCUGGUGCCUAACGCCUAAUCCAUAUUCUGGCAUCUGACCCAAAUGGAGAAGUGAAGCUGGUAGUAACUGGGUAAGCUCCAGGUUGUAUUACAUUUCUACAAGCUAGUUUGAUGCAAACUCAGAUGUUGCACCCGCUGACUGUUUGCACCAUAACCACUGUAAUGAGCUGUAGUAUAUAUGAUGUUUAGUGUGCUCUUUAAAAAGUAAAACUACUUUCAUUUUUCUUAUUAUUUACAUUCCUUGCCUGCUUGCUAAUGAGACUUCUUCCUUAUCUCCUUUUAUGGCUUUACUGUAGAAGUAAAGAGGAGAAUGUAGUACAAUAUGCAUUCAGACGAAUACAUUUAGUUUACUCCUGUGUAAUUACUUCCAGUAUAAAUGACAUUGCUCAAGGUGAAAGAGAGUGGCAUUUAACAGCUAAUCACAUGAUCUAAAGCUAUUUUUAUGGCAAUUUUAUUGCACAGUUAAAUAGAAUAUUUUCUUGUUUGUGUAACCGAGAUACAUGUAUCAGUAAGAACUGUUUUCAUGUGGUUUGUUCUGUAAAAUGGACCUUAUGAGGCUGUUUGGGUGGUAUUUUAAACAUACACAUGGUGAUUUUUAUUUUAUUUUUUAUUUUUCCUUUUUAAAAUUUAUAUUGAUAAAAUCCUUCUAAAAAUAAAAAAAGAAUCCCAGUACUUUUUCUAUAACCAGAACAUAUGUCACUUUACCAUAUUUUAGGAAGCAGGAGUUCCCAAAUAAGUUUUAGAACUACAUGUUUUUAAUGAUAAUUUUGUCAUUUUUAAAGCAAAUAAUCAUGUAAAAUAGUUUUACAUUAUAUUCUAAUCAAAUUUAGGGCAGCCACCCCAGCCCCAAUAAAAAAAAAAACUUUUUUAUGUUCUAGUUCUGUGUAGCCGUCAAAUCUAUAGACUCAUGGGGUUUUCACCAUGAACCUCAUAACCUUGCUGUACAAUUUAACUUUCUUCUAUUGCAUAAGAUUAUAAGCAGAGAGCUUGUGUUCUUGUAACAUAAUUUAAAAUAAAAAUAAAGUUGGUUUUCUUUGGUAUACAGUAUUUUUUUCAUCUGCUGGUAUAUCCUAUUGUCCCCCAACCUCCUGUUAGGAUUGGCCCUGAUUUAGACUGCUUCCCCCCAAAGCUUGGCUUCAUUACAUUUGUAACUUACACCAGGAUAUAUUUUUUAUUUUAUUAAAAUAUAUUUAUUAAUAUUUUACUCCCCCUGAAGCUCCGAGCCCAACCACGCUCUAUACACACACACAACUGUACCUGUACAUAAAUAGAAACACAGACCUUAUACAUAUACGUAUACUACAGCCUCUAGAUACAUUAUAGAUGCACGCACACACACACACACACACACACACACACCUCUCUUUCUCUCCCUCUCUUUCUCUCCCUCUCUUUCUCUCCCUCUCUUUCUCCCCCUCUCUUUCUCCCCCUCUCUUUCUCUCCCCCUCUCUUUCUCUCCCCCUCUCUUUCUCUCCCCUCUCUCUCUUCUCUCUCUCCCUCUCUUUCUCUCCCCCUCUCUUUCUCCCCCCCUCUCUCUCCCCUCUCUCUCCUCCCUCUCUCUCCCCCUCUCUCUCUCCCCUCUCUCCCUCUCUCCCCUCUCUCUCUCCCCUCUCUCUCUCCCCUCUCUCUCUCCCCCCUCUCUCCCCCUCUCUCUCUCCCUCUCCCCCCUCUCUCUCUCCCCUCUCUCUCUCCCCUCUCUCUCUCCCCUCUCUCUCCCCCUCUCUUUCUCUCCCCCUCUCUUUCUCUCCCUCUCUUUCUCUCCCCUCUCUCUCUCCCCUCUCUCUCUCUCCCCUCUCUCUCUCUCCCCCCUCUCUCUCUCUCCUCUCUCUCUCUCCCCCCUCUCUCUCUCCCCCCCUCUCUCUCUCUCCCCUCUCUCUCUCCCCUCUCUCUUUUUACGAUGGUGUAAUCUUCUUCUGUUAAUUUCCUCUAUUUUCUCUCAGUAUAAGCAGUUGUUCUUCAGUGUGGCAACAAUCACGAUUAGUUAGACUAUCACCAUGUCAUAGUUACACAUAUUGUACUGUAGUUUAUCUGACAUUGGCUACAGACUGGUUCAAAUGACAAUGUGAUAGCCAUAGGAAAAAAAUGAUAGGCAAAAUAUUGGUAUCCAGCCUUUUUUUUAUUUAUUUUUUUAAUUGGAUAAUAUGCUCAUUAACGCCAUUAGAGCGUAAUAUGCCGCCGUGCAAAAGCAGGGCUUUAACGCCAUUAGGGCGGCCUAGCACACCCCAACAAUCAUACCCUGCAGGGAGCUUGGAUACUUAGCAUCCACGGCGCUCCUGAUCGGGGGGAGCUGCCGGACAACCCAGGCAUUUGCUCAAUGGCAAAUCUGACCCUUCCUGGCCAUGUGAUCAUGAUGUCAGGCAGACAUUAUAUUUAAUUUUUUUUUUAAUUUAAACAAUUUUUUUUAAAAAAGUAAUAUAUAAACACGCAAAUAUAUAAUUUCAUUCUAAGUGCAUUUUGAUAUCAAUAUAGGUCAUUAUAGAUGUCCCUUAAAUACUGUAUUCUUUGCCAUAGAAUUAGGUCACUGCCUCAUUGUUUCCAGUUACAGUUGUGUCUUUAUUUCUAAAUAAACACUUUCACAAAAAACAACAAUGCUUAAUUCAGCCCCAUCACAUAAAGUGAGUUAUGCUUUCUUGGAACAAACUGACCCCCAGAUUAAAAUAGAAUGUAACGAAACACUGCUGGAUUAUUCUUAAAAAUAAAUAUUUUUCUCAAAGAAUAAAGAAAUUGUAUAGGACACUGUACAGACCUAAUACAACGCAAAAAUCAGAACCAAACGACCAUGAAUGAAGCCUUGUGUUGGAUGCUAUUUUUGUUAUUUUGUUCUUAACACAAUGGCAAAAAAUUAAGAGAUCAUGUUAGAUUGCCAUGCAAUCAACCUAUUGAAAAGGUGUUUGACCUCAAAUACAGCUUAGCUAUGCACACAAUGUAUUUGUUGAAAGUUAAUACUACCUUUUUAAAUCCCUUUGUUUAUUUUGAUUAAACAUGUGCAUAGAUAGACAUGCAACAUGUACAAAUAUAUUGUUAAACUAAAAUAAACUUGCGCAAUAUGUCAAACAAAGUCAUUUGGAUUUUACAUUGCCAAAUUGCUAGGAAAUUUUAACUAUAAAAGUCCAGGUUUAAAAAAAAAUAAAAAAAAUAAAAAAAAAUUUUUUAUUACUGUGACUUCCUUGGUUUUUGCAGUAAUGCCAGCAUUGCUGUAAAAGUUGCAUUAAUGAGUGCGGCGGGCUGUUCAAGGAGUGGUGGCAUUCUGCAACUGCUUGCAUGUACUUGCUGGCUAUGGAUUGUGAGUUGUAGAUUGUGUCCUAAAGAAAAGGGGUGACAGCAUGGCAUCCUUCAGCAGAUGCAGUAUGUAGAGGAAACUGGUAUAGGGCAAUCUUUGGGUAAGUAAAUCUGUAAAUAUAUAGAUUUCUGACAGCUUUUAUAAAAUGUGUAAUUCAAUAUAUUUAUGCCUCAAUGUGAAUUGGGCAUUAUCACAAUUGGUGGUUGACAGGUUCACUUUAUCCCGAAUUUGUAGAGAAUGGGCAAGUUUGCCACAUUUCCCAUUGUAGUAAAUGACCUUUGUUAUUCAGUAAUGUGGGGAGAUACUAGCCACAAAUCUCAAAUGGGACAUUAAUCUAUCUGUGAGUUUAUAUUGAGUUAAACAGAUUGGGUCUACAUUCUUCUGCAAAUCACAGUUUGUAGAUUUGUAGCAAGACCUGCUUAUAGAUCCGAUAAAGUGCCUCUAAUAUAUUCCAUUACAGGUUCACCGUCCAGUUAUAUCAGCUUAUAUUAAAAAAUGUUUUCUUGUUCUUCAUGAUAUUUUUCAACAUAUGAGAAGGACAUUUGCAUUGAGAAAGGGCUGCUGCCUGAAACAUUUGCUGCUUUAACUUUGUCCUCUAAUAAAGCACCUGGGAGCUCACACCAUACUGGAUGCGCAGUACUCUUGUUUGUUUUUUGGCUGUUGUAUAUACACUGUUGGGACUUCCGUGUGGAGUUUCUGCAGUACAGGUCUAAUUUUCUUUGUUUAUACUUUGAAUACUGUAGGCAUUUUUUGCCUCUACGUCACCCUAUAUAUAAUGAACAUAUGAGCAGGAAAGGAAAAUGAUCGGCAAAUCUGAAGGAGGAAACCCAGGGCAGAGAUGUGGAAGGAGAAAGAUCAAGUUUGAAACCUUCUUGCAGAAAUUCUAGUAUAACCGUUUAAAGUUAGAAAAUGUUUGGGAUCAAAUUUUCCUGAAACCACGACAGGAAUGUAUUAAUUUCCUUUUGUUUGGAUUUUCCAAAGGCUUCUUGUGAACAGAUAUUACACACUUUUGUCCUGCACCCGCCAGGAAGUGACGUGGCACAUUCUGCACAAAUUAAAUGUUUGUUUUUGCUAGUUGCUUUAAAUUUUGCUGGGGGUGGCUGCAUCUUUUCUACCUUUUCCUUUUUUUGAGGUGAUGUUGUGCUAGACCUCUGUAAAACAUAUUUGAGGCAGGUCUAAGUAACUAGAAAUUACCGCCAGAAGAAGUAAAUAAUCCAAACCUUAACUGGCCCAGGCUUUCCUGUUGUGAAAAACUCAUCGGUUGUCAAACCGGUAUAAACAAUCUUUAAAUAUCCUGGGCCUUUAAAUGUAUGCACCAGGAGCCGGUGUUCUGUCUGCACAUGCUCCGUAGUGUAUUUGGAAACGCAUCGCCCAACCUGCACUGUCGCAGUGCCUGUAACUUGAUUGUUAGCCUACCAAAGCAUCAUCCUGUGAGCGUUAGAAAUAAAUUGCAGAGCGUUCCUGUACUCUGUAAUGGAACACCACAGCAAACUGAGUCUAGUAAGCACUUGUCUGGUUCUGAGGUAAUUCCUAUGUCACAGCCCAAAGGAGGAGGGAUUUCUAAUGUGUUUAAAUUCGGGAUUAUUCUAGCUUUAGUGACUGAAUAAUCUAAAUUUUAUUAAAGACAGGAGGCGAAUAUUUGCUUUAACCUUCUUUACUGAACCUCCCAGCAGCAAAGAAAUAGUUAAACAUAUAGAGAAAAAAUCAACCAAUCAGGACACAUAUUAGAACAUAACAGUCUGUCAGGCUCCUCCCAAAUCCUCUUUCUGAUGCAGCCGAUCAUAAGUGUAGUCAACCGUGUAAACUUGAGUAAUCCAUCAACCAUGUAAACCAGAACGCAGCCGAUACUAGAGACCAAAGGAACGUAGUCUUCGUGGCUCAUGUAGAGAAACUUCACACUAAAAGACAGAGAAAGAUCGUGAAAGUAUGGUCACUUGGACUGGGUGUCCGCAAGAUAUCUACAUUUACAGAUCUACCCCCUGGAUAUUACGAGUAUAACUAUUGCAAAAUUUAAAAUAAUCAGAACCAGGCAGAUUGAUAAGCACCUAAACAGAGCAAACAAGAAAAACAGUCAGAUAAAUAUAAAGUCUCACAAGAAACCUAGAAAAAUUUUUAAGAGUACAUGUGAUCUGAAAAAAAUCUGGGUGGGAGAGCAAUAGGGUGGGAAAAUAUUCGCCUCCUGUCUUUAAUAAAAUUUAGAUUAUUCAGUCACUAAAGCUAGAAUAAUCCCGAAUUUUAUGGCAAGACAGGAGGCUUCAUAUUUGCUGUUUUAAAGCGUGGAAACCAAAGAAAAAGAAGCAUGGGACGAUUGUCGAAAAUAGAAGGUACGGAAGGUAGAUUCUCUAGACCAAUCAGCGCAUUUUAGGAUGUCUGCAAGGGAUCCCCCAGCUAUAAAGGCAGAAGAGGCAGCAGUGCCUCUGACAGAAUGAGCGCCAAAAGAUGAAUCUAUGCCCGCUGAAUCUAGAAGCCAUUUAAUCCGGCGGGCAAUCGUGGGACAAGACACUGGCUUGUGUGGUCGCACAUAUGAGAUAAACAGGGGGCCCGUAGGGGGACGUAGAGGUGAUGUAGAGGCGACGUAGUGUUGGACACAACGAGCAACGCAAAGCGAUGGUCUGUCGGAAAAAUAAAGGUAAGUAAUCGUUAAGGAAUUAGUUUUAGUGCGCGAGAAAUGUUGAAACAUACACCUUGGGGCGUGAAUUCAAUAGCGUGAAAGUCAAAUGCCUGAAUAUCAGAGACUCUCCUAAAAGAAACCAAGCAGAGGAGAAAAGCUAAUUUGGCCGACAGUUGUCGUAAAGAGAGUGCUUCAUUGGGUGGCCAAGUCUCUAGGAAGGACAAAACAAGAGCAACAUCCCAAAAAUGAGAAUAUUUUGGGACAGGAGGUCGAGCAAGACGAAUGCAAUGCAACAGUCUACAGAUGGAGGGGUGUUUACCUAUUGCUGUAUUAUCAAUGGGGCCAUGAGCUGCCGAAAUUGCUGAACGAAACACAAUGGAUCUGUAGGAUUUACCUUGAUCAAAAAGAGAGGACAGAAAGUUCAUGACGUUAAUCAAAGAAGCUGAAACGGGAUCAAUACACCUUUCCAAGCACCAGCGAUGCCAAACUCGCCAGGCUGAGAGGUAAGAGCGUCUAGUCCCGGGGGCCCAUGAGUCCCAUAAGAGUGCUCUAGCAGUCUCCGAAAGUCCUGCGGCAUUCCAGGAUCCCCUGAAACAGUCCAGGCCACUAGCUGGAGAUGACCCUGCAACGUAAGAGGGUGAAAAUUGCCUGCGGGAUCUUUGAGAAGAUCGUGCGUGGCAGGUAGCAGUAGUGGAUAAUUCACCGACAUCUCCAAGAGAUUGGGGAACCAUGGCUGGGUAUGCCACAAAGGGGUCAGCAGUGUUAUUGUGGCCCCCUGAGUCCUGAGAUGAUGGAGAGUGCGAAGGAUCAUGGAGAACGGAGGGAAGGCAUAAGCGCCGGUCAUUGGCCAAGAUUGAAGGAAGGCGUCUACUGCCAGAGAGGUCGGAUCCGGCAACCAACUGAAAAAAGUGUCCGUCUGUCGGUUCAGACGAGAUGCAAAUAGGUCGAUAUUGAAUGGACCCCGAAGAAGAUGGAGACGGUAAAAAACGUGUGGGUCCAAUUGCCAGUCGCUGGAGUCUCUCCAGUGUCGAGAGAACCAAUCUGCGACUAAGUUGUCGGAACCCGGUAGAUACUCCGCUCGCAGGGAGAUGUUCCUGUCCAGACAAAAUUGGUAUAGUUCUUUUGUGAGGUCUGAGAGCAUUUUGGAACGGGAUCCCGCUAAACGAUUCACGUAUUGAACAGCUGAGAUGUUGUCCAUUCUCCGUACUAGGGAACAAUUGUAGGAGUCCUUUGAGAAACUGCGAAUCGCAAAGGACCCGGCAAUCAACUCGAGGCAAUUGAUGUGCAAUGCCCGUUCUGAUGGAGACCAAGGACCUCCGGUAGAGAGAUUUGCGCAUGAUGCACCCCAGCCUAGAAGACUGGCAUCUGAUUCUAGGAUGUAAUCUGGCUGUGAUCCAAAGAUCGCUCUCCCAUUCCAUGCUUCCAUAUGGUGUAGCCACCAGUUCAAUUCGAGUCGGACUUCGUCUGUCAAGGAGAUCUGUUGAUCGUAAGAUGCAGAGUGACGUCGAGUCUUCAGACGUUGCAUUGCUCGGUAAUGUAAAGGAGCUGGGAAGAUCGCCUGAAUUGAGGCGGAGAGUAGUCCGAUUAUGCGAGCUAAGUCGCGAAGGCGGAUAGUCGAAGAGGCUAGAAUUUUUCUGAUGUCUUUUUUGAUGUUCUUGAUCUUUACUGAAGGGAGUUGUAGGAUAGCCAAAACGGAAUGUAUUUGGAAUCCCAGGAAUUGAACCACCUGAGAUGGGGUGAGGAUGGAUUUUUGGACAUUGAUCACGAACCCCAAGUUUUGUAACAGAGCUGUGGUCAUGUCUGUAUGGAGGCGUAGAGUGCCUGGGUCCCGAGCCAUAAGGAGGAUAUCGUCCAGAUAUAUGAUGGAGCGAAUCCCUUGGGAGCGUAGCAAGGCCAUGACUGGUUUCAUCAGCUUGGUGAAACACCAGGGUGCGGAACAGAGUCCGAAGGGAAGGCAUGUGAACUGCCAUAAGUCUUGAUGUCAUUUGAACUGUAGGAAACAGCGAUGGGCCGGUGUUAUAGGAACCGUGAGGUAAGCAUCUGUCAAGUCUAAACGGGAGAACCAGUCUCCCUCGCAGAGUAGGUCUCGAAGGAGGUGGAUACCCUCCAUUUUGAAAUGUUGGUAAACAAUAAAAGUGUUUAGGUCUUUCAGGUUGAUAACUGGUCGAAAGUCCCCUGACUGUUUUCGGACCAGAAAUAUGUUGCUUAUGAAUCUGUGAGGGGACCGAGAAAGUUCUAUAGCGCCCUUGGCGACAAGGUCGUUUAGCGCGGCCUCCAAAGUCGCAUUGUCCUCUUGAGACAUGUGCAGAGGUGGAGGGGGGAACUCUUGUAGAGGGUCGUUUGCAAAAUCUAUAUGGAAACCAGAUACAGUUUGAAGGAUCCAUGGAUCCUGAGUUAAUAGAGACCACUGUUGGGAAAAAAAAGGGUUAGCCGACCUGCAAUAGGAACUUGAGAAUAAGGAAAGUCGAUUACCUGAAGCAGUGCGGCCCCGGAGGGAAGCAUAUCCACGUCCUCUGAUGGAACGUCUAGAGGGAAAGAACUGCUUGUGGUAGAAACGGGUAUUGCCCGAAUUCCAUGAGUCUGCUGGUUGAGGCCUGUAGCCUGUGAAGGCAGCUCUGCCAGUCGUUCGGCCCCUAUAGCGACCAGCUCUCCCGCACCAUGUGUGCGUCAAAAUUGCCUCCUGCUAGCGUCUCAUCAGCAAUUAUAAAAAUCUGGAUAAGCGGGCCUGCUAUAUCCAUCAGCUUGUCCUGGGUGGCUUUUAAGCCAACUUCGAUUCCCUUGCGGGGAUCUUUACCCGUCUUAGUUAGAAAAGUGACCAGGAGUGGGUCAAGUUCAGGGGUGACAGCCACCUUAUCAGGGAUCAUAGGCCGUGGACAUUCUGCUCUUAAUUUGGCCCUAAUCUCCUUUUCUAAGGGUUUACGAAGCCAUAAUCUGCAAUAUUUUGCAAUGUGAUCAGGGGGUGUCCAUUCCGCUGAACGAGGGUGUCUGAUGCAGCGUGGGUCAAAUAGAGGACAACCAUUGGUAUCCAGUAGGAUAUCGUCCUUAGUAUUGUCUAAAUUAGUAGUGGACAUAGGGUCAGUGUCCUGAAAGGACUGGGUUUGGGGUAGGAGGAAAGUCUCUGUAACAAAUUCAGAAGAGGAAGGGUCACCUGGGAGAUCCUCCUCUGGAUACGCAUUGUAUUCGUCUAUCACUCGUAGGUGAUAGCCAGAGGUUGAGUCCUUUAAGAGGUCAGAUUCUGAGGUCAAAGUGCGUUUGGCAUGAGACAAUUUAGCUGUCUUUGCUGGGGCUUUGCCUUUGCCAGCAGAAGCACUGUUACCCUUCCACGGGCAUUUACGUGGGGCUUCGUCAUGGUCAGAGACCCUGGAAUCAUCAGAGUCUGACAAUUGCGAGAUGGUGGCAGUAGUGGCUGUCUGGUCACUAAAUGCUGCCAAGGCUUUGGGGAUAGAGUCUGCAAUUGCAGCUUGAAGCCAGGCUUUUAAUUCUGCUGACAUUGCAGGUUCUGUUUGGUCCGACAUGAUGACCAGUAAAAUAGUAGUGGGUUCACCACAGAAUCAGUAUACCAAAAGGUAUAUUAAACAACUUUUAUAUAAAUUUUUUUUUUAUUUUUUUUUUUUUAAUUUUUUUUAUUAUAUAUAUUAACAAACUUUACACAAAACAAGUAAAAGCAGGGGCUGUCUUAUUGGGGUUCACCCAGAUAAUAUGCAGUGACCUUUAAGGGGACCAAGUGGGGUUCAUCCACAAUUAUGGCAGUUAAACUGUCAAUAUAAUAAUGACAGGGGUAACCUGUGCAAAUCAAUAAAAUAUAUAAGGGGUUCACCCUGAGAGAUAAGGCACGAGGGGGUCACCCUCAAAAAAGAGGCAAGAGGGGGUCACCCUCUAAUAGGCAUAGAGCUGUAUAGUAUAGUUUGAGAGCAAUCUGCAAAUAAAAACACAAAUAGGCUAAUAUAAGCAAGUGUUCUGUGUAAUAUUCAGAUGUAAUAACAAAAUAUACCAGCAGGGGGCAAUGAAACUUACCGUCUAACAGAGCUGCAAUCCAGUAGCUGUUCACCGAAAAAGCGCGCGAACAGAAACUAACCCGCCGAACAGAAGAUGGCCGCCGGCAUAGAAGGAGGAAGGUGGGAAACUGCGUGUCAAUCAAAUGACGUGAAAAAACGGGCGGUACGGAAAUAGAUCGCGGGCGUGAUUAAAACGGACCGCAGCCACAGCAGUGGCGCGGUCUGAAGAUAAUUUCACCAAGGAAAAGGUUAUUAAGGUUUUACUACAAAAAAACCCAGUCAGUCAUAAAUAAAAAGCACAGGGAAGGGACUGAACAGUGGGCUGACCUGUGAAAAGGUUUAUGUGGUACAGAUAAAAUAAACACACCAUUCCCUGUCUCUUUUAUUUCCAUGAGGUAAAGUUAAUUAAAGGAGUCAAAAAAUAUAUGGAAAAAAACAAUAUAAGGCAGGUCAAUAAUAUAUAUAUAUUAGAGAGCUAUAAUUGGAAUAGACUCACCUGGGAGGCAAGCAGCAAAGAAAGAGGAUUUGGGAGGAGCCUGACAGACUGUUAUGUUCUAAUAUGUGUCCUGAUUGGUUGAUUUUUUCUCUAUAUGUUUAACUAUUUCUUUGCUGCUGGGAGGUUCAGUAAAGAAGGUUAAAGCAAAUAUGAAGCCUCCUGUCUUGCCAUAAAAUUCAUAGGAGGCCUACUUGUCCCAAUUGUACCUGAACAACCCUCACUUAAUGCCGCGGCACGAAGGGAAAAUACUGCAUUGUUGCUGUAAGAUUUUUAUUCAUGUCCUUAUGUCAGGUGAUAUUUUCUGUGUAAAUUGAAUUAUUAUUUUUUAAUUAUUCAUAAUCUGUUAUGUUAUACACAUUAGACUGUAUUGUUGAAUUUAGUUGGUGUAAUCCUAUAAUUGUCCUUACUGAUAGAGCAAUCUAUAAUUCCUCAUUAAUGCUUAGUGCCAUCACGUGGUCAAAAAUUCUACUUUGUUUAAACUAUAAAACGUGAGAAUUGGGAUGGUUUCCAGGAAGCUGCAAAAGUGCAGAUGAUUCUAAACUAAUUUAAAGUAAGCAGGAAGGUGAUUCACUGGAAAGAAUGAGCAGUAUGUAAAAUGCUGUUAACCUGCCUGAGUUUAAACUGCAGAUUUGGAGGACAUGGAUUCAUGUAACAUUCGUAAUAUUGGUCACAGUUUGUUCUACAAAUUCUUUUUUCUGAAUUCUGAUAGAAAUCAGCUGUCUGCUCUCAGUUUAUGAAUGCAACUCGACACUAGCCAGCCUGGAACUAUUGUUCCAGUGACACAGCCGGAGGUGGAUUAACAACUCUGACAACAAAGUGGUUGAACUCCGUAUGUUCAGCGUUUCAUAGCAAAAUGCUGCACAUACAUACUCCGCACCAUGACCACUUCAAAUCACUGAAGACGUCUUGGUGCUUGGAGUAUCAUUUUCAGAAAAUCUGUCACAUUAUUUUUACACUUUUUUUUUUUUUUGGCACAAAUAAACUCACGUUUUUCUCUUCUGUAUUUAAUUAAACAAGAUUGUGUAUGAGACUUAAAAUAAAUGUGCCACACAUGCAUGCGCAAUACAGCUGCUAGAGUAUUAAUCUAUUCGCUGUGAAUGAAUGCAGAUUAGUCAUACUGUGCUACACAGUACCUGAUGUUGCUGGACUAGGACCAGGACUCCAUGUUAGGGAUAAAGCAGGUUUAUGGAGUUGUCAGGUGGACCUGACGUGCCUUGGCUCUACUCAGGGUUACUUUUUUUUUAUUUAUUUACGUGUGUGUGUGUGUGUGUGUGGUGUCUUGGAUGGAUUCACUGGCAUGAGUACAUGCUCCCAUCUGAAACAUAUUUGGUGGGCCUAAGGGUGGGACUUAUGAUACAAUAGCUUUAUAGAGGUCAUAUAUUAUUUUUUUAUUAUUAUUUUUUUCUAUCUUCUUUAUUUAUACACAGUGAUUCAAAGAUUAGCCACCACUUUGCUUAACCCGUGUACAGCCAAGUUUUUUUGUUUUAAACUAUUUUCUAGGGUCUCAAUACCCGCUCUCAAGUAUUAUCUGUUGAAGCUGAAAUUUGGUGCAUGUUCGUUCAGAUGCUGAAAGCCUUAAUAUAAACAUACGCAAAUGCUAAAAAAAAAAUAGUAUUUUAUUUUUAACCUGAAUCAUUGCUUUGCAUGUUUGUUGUAAUACACUGUGCAUGGUGUGUGUUUGAAAGAUUCAGCUCAUUAACAUAGGUGUUAUUUUUGUCUUUACAGCUUCCUUUUGAGGUGGAGAUAUACUAUAUUCAGCAUAUUAUGCUAUACGUGGUUCCGAUCUACCUACUGAAGAAAGGAGGUAUGACCCAAGAAAUGCCUAUCGUUCUUUAUAUAUAACAAUUUGUACCACUUGCAUAAUGAUGUCUGCAGGCAUUGUAUUAACCCCUUAGUGUCCAGACUGUUUUUUCUUUUUUCAAUUUUCUUACCAUUAAGGACCAGGGCUCUUUUUACAUUUCUGCGGUGUUUGUGUUUAGCUAUAAUUUUCCUCUUACUCAUUUACUGUACCCACACAUAUUAUAUACCGUUUUUCUCCCCGUUAGUCUUUCUAAAUAUACAAUUAUUUUCAUCAUAUAAUUUACUAUAAAAAAAUCAUAAAAUAUGAAAAAAAAAAUUUUAAAAAUAACACCUUUUCUAAAUCUGUUAUGCAUCUACAACUGCCAAAAAAAACACCCAUGCUAAAUAGUUUCUAAAUUUUGUCCUGAGUUUAGAAAUGUCCAAUGUUAACAUGUUGUUAGUUGUUCUUUGGAAAGUUAUAGGGCUAUAAGUACAAGGAGCACUUUUUCUAUUUCCAAACCAUUGUAACCAUGUAAAUAAUUUUGUUUAAAUUUUUUAAAUUUAUUACCUUUUUAUUUUGUUUUACUUUUUUCACCAGCAGGGGGGCUGCCUGUCAGUUCAGGCAGUCCCCCUGCUGGCAGCACUAAAAGAGCGGUCAUAUGGCCCCUGGGGGUCCAAAAUUGGAGAAGGGGACAGCCCAGACAGUCUUCCCCCUCUCCCCCCUCCCCAAGAAGAAAACUGAUCGUGGGCAGGGGAAUGCCGGCGAUCGGCAAAUACAUGGGGAUGGUGAGCUCUGUCUCAAUGCCGGGCUCUACGUGGAAAAACCCGGAAGUGAUCAGGCUCCAGGUUGGCGGCCACCGGCUGUGAGGGGGGUAUUGCAGCGAUGCUGCAAUACCAUUAGAGCUGCUGGAAGAGAUCAUGAUCGCUUCCAGCGCUGUAAUUCCCCACAGACCUUAAGUACCAUUUUUGUUGGACGUACCUGAUACGUCCACGGUCACUAAGGGGUUAAAGGAACACUUAAAUCUCCUUUGCUUGCUGAAGUGCCUUAUGUGUAUAAUGUUUUCCUUUUUAUUAUACAAAAAGUGCAGAUUUCAAUAGAAACUGACACUUUUACAAUAACGUUGUUCCCCCACCCUCCCCCCGGGUACUUCCUGGUAUGUUUAACUCACUGGAGCUAUGGUUAGCGCUAGGUAAGGUUUUACUAGGUAAGGUUUAACUGCUGCCGCUAUUGUUAACUACGUUGAGCAUUAAGUGAAGCAAGUGGCGUGGUAGACGCUGGUAUAAGGUAGUGUCCGCUGGAAACUCUGGGGCAUUCGCAAAGUGUCUUCCGAGUGGGCGCGUAUGGCCUGCUGGGUGCGUUGCUUGAGCCAGUGGUUCUGUGGGGAGGUUAAGUAACCCCAGUGUCCCAGUGGCCUCUUCCAUGUCGUGGACAACAUGCUUGCUGGCUCCCUGUUCGCUGUUGAGGGCGCGGCCCGGCCCCCAACAGUAUCUGAUUUGGUGGAGGCGCAGGAGGGCCGGAAUGUACUCAUGGAUCUCCUCCACACUAGUGUCCCUACCGAGAGGUCUGCUUAGAAGGAGAGGGUCAUCCCUGGCUGACCUCUUGUGGCCUCCACGAACGCCUUUUUGUCCCUGGCUGAUUGAAACUGGAGUAUUAAAUCUCCUGGGGCGGCAGGUGGGGCCUUUGCUGGUCGUGGUAUGCGAAAUAGACCCUCCAGGGUGAUUGCUUUCGCUGCCUUUGGGGUUAACAUCUCAGUGAGGAGUCUUCUAAUGAAGUGUGGGAGUUCAGCCUCUGGUAUGGCGUCGGCGACUCCCCUGAGUUUUGGGUUGUUUCGGCGGUGCUUGUCGUCUUGGGCGGCUACUUUUUGUUCAUGCUGCCAGGAUUUUUGCUGCAGGUCCUUGAUCGCUGCUUGUAGGUCUGCGAUCUUGUUAGUGUGGUUGGAUGAGGAGGCCUCUACUGCUCCCAACCGGUCAGUUAUGCCUUUGAUGUCCUCUCUAAUCAGGGCCACGUCGGUCGCGAUCUUCUUGUGAUGGUCUGGCAUAAGCUCCCCAAUAGCUUCCAUGGUCACAGGAGUGGGGGCCUUCGUGUGUGGUGGCGUCCGUAGUGGCGGUGGGAUCGGCAGGGCCAUGAUGGGGGUCUCCCCCUUCUUCGUCUGACGACCCAUCUGAGCAGCCUCCGUGCAGGGACGCCAUCUUGGCGCCUGCUGCAUCGUACGCCUGCUGCCAUAGUUCCCCGGUGUCCAUGCUCUGGCGGGGCUUGUCGGGCUUCGCCUUCUUGCAGCCAAUUUGGUCUUUGUGGUUUACAGGGUCACCCCAUGGUAAGUUUUGGUUUGGGUUUCGGUGCCGAAAAUAUUGCUUAUUUGGAUAUCCAGCCUGGAGCUACGCAGCCAUGCGACCGUCUGCUUCAAGCGCUUAGCUACGCCCCCCAGGUUUUUUUUUUUUGUUUUUUUUUUUAAUUCACUUUUGUAUUACACAGCCAUGUUACAACACUGUUACCCAUCCCAUGUGUUCCCUAUUAAGGCUUAAUAAGUAUGUAGGGGUUUAGAAAAAUACCCCUCUCUGUUUUCAUCAGAGAUUUCUUUGCCUAAUGCUGAAGCAAGCAGGUGAAGUGUUUAGUGUAGGACACACUUAAGAGAUUUGCCUCGACAUGGCAGGUGGGCUCGCAUCUAAUGGCCAUUGGAGUUACUAAAUAACCUCCAUUUAUUUAAAUAUGCAUAGGGAUUUGGACUAGGGCGCAGGUAACUAUUUUUCUUUGCUUGUUUUAUAUGUGUUGGGGCUGAUGUGUGCUAUGGUCGUUGCCGCCGGCUAGGAGUAGUGGGAGUUUAAGCGCAGGACUUAUUUUUGUGUAUUAGAUUUCCUGUCUUGCUUAUUUCUAUAUUAUAUCGUGUGUAUUUGUUUAAGACUUGCUGGAAAUGCAGUAGUUGUCUUCUAUCACGAAUGUAAAUAAGUGUACAGUCGUGGGAGAUUCCAGGAUUUGGGGAAGUUCCAUUAACUUGGGGUUACCACAGUAUAUUGUGUACUGCAAGUGUCGUAGAAUAGCCUUGAAGCUUGUUUAUGCAUUAUUGUUAUUGUAAUUCGUCUGGGACAAAAUGGCGCAAACAUAUUAUGCACUGAGGUUAUUGCUUAAAGAAACAGUUAUGAAAAACAAUAUGUUCCAUUUCUAACACCUUGUCAAUUUGCAAUAUCUCUUAAAGACAAAGUACACAGUUUAAGAAAUACAACAUUUCAUUCUAAAACUUGUAAUAUUUGUAUUUGCCCGUAACAAAACUGCAAAGACAAAGCCGUCGAAGAGUAACUGUUACUUUCGGGAAUUUUUAAUACAAUGCUUACUUAUCCUCUGGGUUAUCUCCCACGCCGGCAAUCAUCUUUGCUGAUGUGUAGUUCUAAUACACAUCAACUACAGACCCCAUAAGGCUUUGCGGCCAGCCUAUGAUGACGUGAUUAUUACACACAUCACGUGUUUCGGCAAAUUAUGCCAAAAAUUGACCAAUAUAACCCUCAUUUUCCACAUAUUUAUAUAAAACACCCUAGUACUAUUUCUUCACAAACGUUGGUGUUUUAAGCAGUUUCUAACAUGCAAUCACUUACUGGUCUUUUAUUGGACAGACCAAUUUUGGCGCCUAUUUUAAUUAAUCCCAUACCUGUAAAAACCUCAAACAAUGCCAGGUUGAAAGGUUCCAUUUGAUAAAGCCAUCACAGCAAAACACGUUUUGGAUAUUUGUAAUUGUUUUUUAGUAAUAGAUUUUGGUCACCUAUUAUUGUGCCAUUAUCUUUUAUUAUUUUAUUACUUUCUUUUUAUAUAUAUAUAUAUAUAUAUUUUUUUUUAAUUCUUUAUUUUUAUUGUGCAAGUGAUAUCAAACGAGCCCGUGUUGCCACAUCAGCAGUCACAAGCUUAAUAGAAUCUUACAUUGUCAAACAUGGCAAAUAGAUAGUCUGCACAGUUUUAUAUUAUUAAUAAACAGGUGUUAAACUGAGAAGGCAUCAAUAAUAAUGAGAGCAACAUAAAAUGAGAUAACAUAAGAUUAAGUCUAAAGAUGAAAGCAUUGCUAUUCAGGCUUACAGUGCUAACAUUGCUUAGGUGAGCAGUUAUCCUGGCUUGGUGUCACAUUAAGUUGGCAUUAACAAAUGUAUCUGCGUUGAUAUCGCUUUUCAGGCGCUUUCACCUGUUUUGUAUAUCAGGACAGGUGAGGUACACGCUUCUAUAGAACAAAGUGCCAUAAAGCAACAUUUGGUCUGCGCUCUAAGUUAUGGCCAUUCAGUGUUAUGGUGUCAGGAUCGCCACCUCGGCGUACACGUGCAUAUUAAACAGGCUAAACAAUAGCGUUGACAUUAGCGUAUUUUUGUUGGUAAUUAGUGGCUAAGUUUGUUGGAUGAUCUUGCUACGUUAACAGAUACAGGCAUGUAAACUGAGUGUUGUAGGAUUGAAAUGUGUAGUGCUAUACGCUAGCUUUGCCUUCAUGCUGAAGACAUGUUAGUUCUUGUAUUCAGUUAUACAGUCUGCCCGUUCUAUGGUCAUUACAGAUAAUGCUGGUUUACAGUGCUAUAGAUGUAGACAUGCUGUUGUCAUAAGACAUCCAGUAUAUAAAAACAAGUGAUUAUAGGAACACAUUCUUUGUGAGAAAAGAACAUAGAUUGAACAUGAGCACUGUGUGCUAUCAGAUUAUAUUAAGGAAAGCAUAACUGGUGAGAGUGUAAAGGUAUAAUAACAGGAAGGAUCAAUUCAGUACUUGCUCAGAGUGAUUGUUUAACUGUCUGGAACACAUAUUUGAGUAUGCAUGUUGUGAACAAGUAGUGAUACAGGAGCCGACCCAGAUACUGUAGUAUUACAGUGUGGGGAAGUCUGCUUUGCUGUCUGGGGUCAUCCAAUGCCUGCAAUGGCAAUCCGUUGGUGCUGUGUGCCAUAUUCCAUCGAGGCAGGGGCUGGGGCAGUGUCCUGAGAGGUAAAAUCCUUUGGGCUGUUGCAUUUGUUCGGCGCAUGGAAUAGAUAGGCAGAGGGUCGUGGCUGAUCUGUGCACCCUGGCUUGGUAGCUGUUCCCCUUUUUCAAUGGCUCAGCUGUAGUAGCGCUAUGCUGUGUCAUUCGGUCCUUCCCUCGCCUUGGGUAUUUAGAGGAAAGUGGAAGUAUCCGUUUACGGCGGAUGAUCCUCCGUUUGCGCGGCAUGUGCAGGGAGGCAGUGCCUUGGGGUGCUGUCCUCUUAGGUGGCGUUAUGGCCAUUGCUUUGGCUAUGUUUUUCUGCUUUGGGCGGUUAAUGCCCCUCUGUCUCUCCCUCCGCUUUGUCGUGUUGCUGGUUAAUCGCUCUUGUGGUGUCGUUGCCAAAAUCAGGUGCCUCGGCCGCGUGUGAGAGAGUGUGUGUUGUCGCUUUACCAGUGUAGCUGGUUUCAGAGCGGGUGGUGGGUUCCUCUUUCCCAAUCUCUCCCAAAAUUUCCGGCAUACCUCCUCAAAUUUAGCCUGAAAGGCCGCUGUCCAUUCAUCGGCUGUCUGAGGCGGUGGAUUCGCGGCACUGCCGGCAGCCAUCUUGGCUUGGCCUCGUGGGGUCGAUUGGUCGGAAUUGCUCUUAUAAGUGUCCCAGAGGUGAGUGCUCACCGUAAGCUGGUGGACCAGGAUGACCCCCGCCGGUCCAUAGGGGGGGAAGCGAGAGCCCGCCGCCAGAUAUCCGGCAUGGUGUUGCAGCUGGGGAGCGGCCGUCUCCCCUGCGCCUGCCAUGCUUGUAGGCCUCACAGUGAGUUUAGCUCGGUUCUUCGCUUGAGAGGUAUCGUUCUCCUCACUCCGAUGCCCACUCUUGAGUGCUGGCCUUAUAAUCAUGAUUGUGUGCCGGUGUGGCAGUGAAAUUCGGCUUUAGGUUGCUAAGUUUAGCAGGAGCUGCUGAGAUAAGCGUCUUCACAGCUCUGCGGUUAGGCCCCGCCCCCCUCUUUUUAUAUUUUUAAUUACCUGGUACCCUCAAUUUCUAACCCUGUCUACUCCAAAGAAUCCAGGUGGGGAUCAUACCACCGAUGCAGUUGUCAUAGAGCAGUUAGUCUGCUCUAUCUUUGUGAGUAUAUAUUCUUUUUUUAUUAUAUCAUACCAACUAUUUAUAAUUUAUUGAGAGUACUAUUGCUGCCUUUUACUUUUGUUGUUUUGGGAUUCCCAACAUCUUCAUCUCUGAGGACACCCACAUCAUAUCCUUUAAGUGGGGAUUAUACUGCUAUAUACUAUACAUACCAGAGCUGGUUUAAGCUCUACUAAAUGUGAGUGUAACCCUAUUAUUAUCACUGACUGUUCAUAUUUUAUUGAGAGCACUAUCAUUGCCUUUUAUUUUUGUAAUCUUGGGUUCCUGACCCCUUUUACCCUGAAGAAAUACUCCCAUCAUAUCCUUUAAGUAAGGGUCAUACCGCUGUAUACUAUACACACCAUAGCUGGCUUAAGUUCUACCAAAUGUGAGUGCAACCUUUAUUAUGCUAAUUUAUUUUAUUUUUUUAUCCACAAUUAGUGAGAUUUAAUCAGCUUCUUCACCUUUUGACACCCUUCUCUACAUAUACGGAUAUCAGAGAAGUAUAAAGACUACUUCUUCCUGGUUAUAAAAAGAUCACACUCGAUCCAUAGUACCCCUAACAAGACUUUUCGGGGGGUGGCAGAGUUGAUUAAGGUUAGCUGGUAAAUAUUUAAUAUCCAUGUGGAAAAAGGACUCACAAGAAAAGAGAUCAAUAUACGUUAUUAGGGAUUUUCAAAGUUUUAUUCGUAGUGUGUUUUCCAGAAAAGUGACCGUUCAUGUUUGGCACCUUGCGGCUUUACAAUUCAUUCAUGAUGCCAUGUGAUACUUGUUCAAAAUAAAUGCAGAAGCUUCAUCUAUUUACAUACAUGGUUAGCUUGUCCAAAGUUUCACAAUUUUCUGGAGAAAGUUUUGAAGACAGGAUUAUUACAUUAUCUGAUUGAUUUAGGAAAAAAAAAUAGAUGGCUCCAAUUAUUUUUAUCUAUCUAAUCCGUUUCAGUCCAAGUACAUCAUACCCAGAACAUUAUUAUUUUUACUGGCUGUUUGCUGCCACCUAUUGUUGUACUUGGUGCUGCGCAAGCAGCAACUGUAGUGAUAGAAGAAGAGUGUUUGUGCAAUUUGAGCCCACACUGGCUAAUCUUAGAGUUAUUUACUAAAAUGAGAAUGCAAUGUGAAUUUCAAAUUCAUGUGCAGAGUAGCCAAACUGAAAACUUAGCUAAGAGAGAAGAGAAUUCUUUCAUUUUGGCAAUUUUUAUCUUUUGAACACUUUAAAAAAAAAAAAAAAAAAAGUUAUUGCACAUCUACGGAUGUAAAUCUCACAUUAGCCAACUACCACAUUUCUAUCAUAUUGAGGUUUGGCAAUAGUCAAUCCGGAUAUGUCUAUUUAUUGAGUAGGUGUAUUGGGAAAAGUCCUUUUUUAUACCUGUCUUCCUCCGUACAAUUUUUUUGGCUUGUGGGUUUGUUUGUUUUCUUGCUUAGUAUCUGAGAAUAAGCAAGAAACAUUUUUGCUUUGUUUUUGCUGUACUGUCAACACUGGAAGAAAGGUAGGGGGGAAAAAAAGGAAACUGCAUUGGGUUGAAUCUAUCUGUCCAUCUAUCGUUUUAGAAAUCUAUAUUAUGCUAGUUUUAUUUUUUGUUUUGUUUUUCACUGUAAAGUUGAUUUCCCAGAUGUGGUUAUAAUGUAUUUUCUGUUAUUCUGGUUUAUAGGGGUAUACACUCCAGAGCCUCUCUCGAACUUCUGGUGGGCAGUAUUGGCAACUGGGCUCAUGUUUUUCUACCACUUCAGCCUGCUCCAGACCCUCGGCCUGGUAAGUAUAAAGUCAUGCAUUCAAACAUACCAGUACCCGAAGAUCACAGACGUCUGUUGAUUUGGCAUAAGAUGAGGUCCUUUUGGGGAUUACCUCUAAUACUUGCACCAUUACAUAAUUGAGUGCCAACACAAUAAAUAUAGAUUUUUAUAAGAUGAGACAUUUUGCGCAAUGAUAUUCCCUCUUAAAAAGCAUGCCAUAGCCUAAUGCAAAUUGCUGUUAUAAUAUAAUGUAGGUGUCCUGCUCCUGUUUAUUGUGAAACAUGUAGAUAAGUAGGAAUGCACAAAAAUUAAAUGAUGGUUCUUAAAGUGCAAAUAAGGUAAAAAGAAAACCUUUCAGUAUGAUACCGUAUUUAGCAGUAUCUAGAAGAAAUAUAUAAACCGCACAUAGUGUGAUAAAAGCGUAUAUACAAAGACACGCAAGGAAAAUGAGGAAAAUGUACAAAAUGUAAGGCACAUCAUCCCAAUCUGGAGAAAAGCUUCAGAGCAAUGUGGAAGGAGAUCUUCUUUGGCACUUAAUAAUGGAAAGAGAACCAGAUAAUAGUGCAUAUAUCACUUGGUACAAAAAAGAUUUAUUGCACUUACAAAAAUGCAGUUAAAAACCGCAUAUAUCCACUAGCGAGUGGAACACAGGUAUACAGCACUGUAAGUCCCAAACUGUCAAUCCGAUGCGUUUCGUUCGCAGGACUUCGUCAGGGAUGUGAUUAAAUUGUUCCUUAGCCUCUUCGUUUAAAUAUACCGCCGAAAUAGGGGAAUUGAGUACACCUGUCUUCUGUAUGCGUGGCGUGCGUGUCACAGUGGGACGCAUCCGAUCUUUCGGCAUCACUUCCGGUUACACUGAUUUCCUCCAUGCGUUCCAAGCUGGAACGCAGCUGCAGACUAGGCGUUCAGAAUUUUACUGAUACGGCUGGGGAACAGGAAAUGCCACAUACAGACCAAAAGAAAGUGUCCAACCAUGACGGGACACAAAGGCUUUUGUAAAGCUAAAAAGUUAGGAAUAAAAAUAAUUAAAAACAAGGUUUUUUUUUGUUUUUUUUUUUUCUGGAAGACUUAUUGCAAUUUACAGAGUUGGUAGGAGAGCUGCAGAGAAGCAGAUAUAAAUCAGCCAAGCCACUGGGAGAAAAAAAUAAGCAAUGCUAGAACUGUGCAAAUUAAUGUCAAAAUAGACCACCUUUAUUUCUUCAUAUUUAAAUUUGUGGCUCUGUGUCUUUUUACCUAGCGAGCCCAAAACAGGGGACACAGCUCUUGCUCAUGCCAAUGUUUGGAGAAAAGCCUGCUGAUUUGCAGACAUGGGUGGCUUUGUGACAUGACCCCAGUUCAGCCAGUUUGUUUGACAUAUUAUUUAGUGUUAAUUCCCUUUCUUUAUUCAGCACACUCUCCUAACCCAUUAAUAAUUACAUCUAUGUACUCUAAAACACAUUUUUUUUUCCCCUAACAAUUCUUUGUUUUUCUUUUCUUUUUCACAGGUCACGGAGGUAAACUUGAAUAACAUGCUCUGCCCAGCUGUCUCUGACCCUUUUUAUGGACCCUGGUAUCGUAUUUGGGCCUCAGGACAUCAAACCCUCAUGACAAUGAUCCAUGGGAAACUUAUAGUCUUCCUGUUUACCUCUGGCCUCCCAGGCUGCCGCUUCCUGAUGGAUUUAAUUCCUCUGUCCAGCAAAAAAGUGGACUGAGCAGACACGUCACCACUGGAGAGGCUUUUUAUCUUCGCCCUUUAAAUGCUUUCAUACCACAUUUUCGUUUGUAUCAAUUUUAAAGACGAACAGUGUUAAUGACUUCCAAUUGGCACAAACAAGUGACCUUACAGUAUGGGCCCGUCUGUCCAAGCUUUCUCUUUUCUUUUUUUUUUCUUUCUUUCUUCUUAUAAUACUGACCAUACUGAUAGCCAGACUGUUAACAUAUACCAGUCACAUAAAACCUGGUGAAACAGGGAGGCAUUAGUUGGCCCAUGGACUAACUACGCCAGAAGCAAAGGGAGUUACAAAGCAGCCAGGUAUAUUAAAUCUGGUCAUCUAUAGGAAAACCUAUGUACAGAUUAAUAUUUUUAUUAUUUAAAAAUGAUAUAAAAUUACCUUCUUUUCAGUUGACAAGUCCACGUUAAUGACUUGAGCGUUAAAGCCAAUUCACAUUUUGCACAGGAUAUAGUACAGAAAUUGGUGUAGGGAGAAAGUCUUCCUUCAUAUUUUUUCCCUUUCUAUCCAGUGGACCCACAGAUUUGUGGUGCUUCUAUUUAUGUGGUGGUGGUGUGUUUUUGUUUGUGUUUUUUUUUAUUUUAUUGUUCGACUAAAAUCGUACAGUUGCCUGGUUUUACAUAUGGAUAUACUUUUUGAAAGGCUGGGUACUUCCCUGGUGCCUUCUCGUACAUUCUUUUAAAAAUGUACCAACAAAGAAAGAGAACUUUUUGUCAGAUGAAAGCACAUUAAUCUUCACUAUAACCUUUCUGCCAGCAUUGCUCGCCAUCGAGUCUGUAAGUGGCCGAUACGCAGUUACAUAUUACAGGUUGUAGUACACUACUUUUGCGGCACCCCCAAUAUAAGUGGUGCUGUACUCAAGUGUAUAAGUUCUGAAGUUUUGCACUCCUUUUCAAUAAAGCCACUCGUUUACUUAUUCCCCAAUUAAAACUUGUACAAGAAAAAAAAAAAGUUGGCCCUUCAUAGUAAGUCAGUUGGAGAAUUAUUUUUAUGACCUUAAUUUAACAAAAUUUGGUUAAUUUCAUUGUUUAGAGAAUAACCCCUUUAUCUGAGUUUUGAAAGUCGGGCAAGAGUCAUUGGAUUUUCUUGUUUAAUUGCUGAACAGUACAAAUCCAUCUCACAUACAUGUUCUCAUUGUAUUCUUUACGUAGCCACUGCUGCGGAUUCCCCUUUCUAUGCUCCUGAUGGACACUCGAUUAUUUUGUAAUGGCGUAUUACUGCAGUUAUUUUAAUACUAAAAUGCUCUUAAAUGUUCAAGGUGAGGACCAGUAUUUGGGUUCUGUGUAAUCUCACUAUUACAUAGCAUUUCACAGAUAAAUUCGUUUCUUUUUUUUCUUUUUUUCCAUAUCUCCUUGUGCCAACAUGUUCUAGUGUUCUGCCAAACUAUACAAAUUCAAUUAUGGGUACAAGUUCUCCACCAGCAGAAAAUGUCCAAAUUCUUACAUUGCCACCUUACCAGGCUAGGUAAUCUAGAGGUAGAUUUGCCUUUUCAAUAAUGAAUUCUGUUUCUGCAGCUGUUUUUCUUGACUACAUAAUCCUAUAAUCCAGUCAAGGUGGUGUAUAAAGGAACACUGCACACUUAUAAAUAAAUACAUGGAUUUAGUUAUAAUGCCAUAGUGUUGUUUAGUUUCUUGGGCCUCUUUUGUCGUCUGCCCCCACUUUACGCUUAAAUAGAGCGUUGCUUAUAUGUGAUUCAAUAAGGUCUCCUCACAACAGCUCCUAUACUUUGGUAUACAUUAUUUCCUGAAUAAGAGCGGGUUUACUCUAGCCUGAAAUGUCCCUUUAAUUUUUAGUCACAUUUCUUCCCCAUGUCAGCUAGGUGUUCAGUAUACAAUGUCAUUUGGGGUCUAUGUCUAGCACAUGAUAAACCGUAUUAAGUGCCAUAAAUAAACACUGUUCUCUGACACAUUCCAUGCAUUGAUUAGACCAAACCAUUGAUCUGUAGAAGCUGCAAUGGUCUACUCUAUAUGUGUGCAUUGGGGAAGAUUUAUCAAAGUGUCGUUUAAAGAUGUAAAAGGCAAUUGUCACCAGUGGAUUGCGCCUGCUGGUUCCACUGGUUUCCAUGGUGAUUGCUCCACGUAAUACCUUGCAUCAUUUUCGUAAGAUGAACACUUUGAUAGGUCUCUCCCAUUGUACAUUUGCUGUAGAGAUUUCUCAAUCAAUAGAAUACAUUCAUCUAAUGUGUUCUGAGUUAGCUCAAACAUUCCUUAGAUCCCGUUUCCCUGCGCAGUUUGUUGUAUUGCCUGUUGAACACUGAAGAACUCUUGUAUACUACAUUUUGUAAGUACACCUAUAUUGAUGUGUGUGUGUUUGUAAAAAGACAUUGGAUACCGAUUUACUGCUCUCUAUCAUAAACUUUUGGAUCAAUACUUUUUGCUGUGAUUAGUUAUCUGUUUACAUUAUCUCUGAUGUAAUGAAAUGUAUAGCCAAAUUUAUCAUUAAUAGCACUUUUGGCAGUCUGAUAUUUGACUUGUUACAUACGCUAAAUGGAUUUAGAUGUAAGGCGUUGUGUGUGUUCUGAUCACAGGAAAGGCACACCUAUCUACAUACCAUUUAUUUACUCUAUAUAUUUGCACCACAAAAAUAAAGCAUUUUCUAUGCCUUUUCAAUCCAUCUAAAGGACAGGGUUUGAUGUCUAAAUGUUCAAUAGAUUUGAUAUGUAUAUAUUUUUAGGUUCUCAUUUUUUUUUUUUUUUUGUAAAGGUUUAGUUGAAUUUUCAACGUUAUAUAUGUAAACAUGGAUUUCAUAUGUUUGUUUUUUUACAUGGUGUGAAAAGUCAUGUACAUUGUUAGUAAAUAUAUUAUUUGCAAAUAUUAGCACACAGGCUUAAUUCAUACAUUUAUCAAAGCUGUCUAGCCAUUGUGCUACAAGGAAUUUCAGGUUUCUAAAGAUCAGUCUUUCACAAUAUUUGCACAAGUCAUUCUAAUCUGUGUCAGUACAAGUUGUUUUUUAAUUUCUUUUAACCACUUCACUUCCAGAUGUAUUUUGCAGAAUGAAAUAUAGUCAAUAAAACCUAAUUUAUACUCUAGGAGUGGUUACCAGCCUGUAGAGGAAUAAUUAAUUUGUCUGCCUGAAGCUACUUGACACUGAUCUAAAGCUUCUCGUUAUGCUGAAAAUGUAAGCUCACCCCCCUCCCUGCUUUCAAACAGUAAAGGAAAUUUCAGUGGGUCAUAACAUUCCUACAAUAAGAAAUGGUGUAUGUGAAUGGACUGUUGGUAUUACAUUAGCAUUCUGGAGAGGGAUGAAGAUUGCCAUAGUGGUUGUGAAUACCUUUUAUUUUAGAAAUAUUUAUCUGUAUUUACUUAAUGCAGGCAUUAUGCUAAAAUGCAGACAUUCUUUUUACAUUCUGUUGCCAUUUUAGUAAGCUGCACUGGUAUUAUUGCCUUUAGGGGCCUUACAAAAUACCUAUAAGCUAAAUAUUUGACCAUUUCUAUUUCUUUUUUGUCACCUAGUGUAAGAGAAAGAUUGCAUUUUUGUUUAUAUACUAACGUUGCAGACACUGAGUGAAAUAGGGCAAGAUAAAGUAUAGUGUCUAAAGCUUUUCAUUUCCCAAAUAUUUUUAAAAGGCCUAAAGAAUGAUUGAAAAUGGUGUAAAUUUACAUAUCUGUAUAUUAGUAUGCAAAGCACUCUCUACACACGACAUUGCUGUGGUAUAAUAGGUUUAUAUUCUAGCUAUUGGUCCUUUGCUUCUAAUAAAUGUGAUGUUAAUGUCAGAGGACUAAAUUAUAGUGCUGAUAGGUUGUAAACGCCACUUCAGUCUGUGUUCAACGUAUUUUUGUCCUAAUAAAGAAACAAAAAUCACUGCUAAACUUGUCCCAUGGAUUUUGAGUUGGUUCAUACAUUCCUCAUAUUAAUAGUUCGGGGGAGGGGGGGCAAAGUAUGGGAACCAGAUUAGGCUACUUUAACAAUUUCUUCUUCAGACGAAUAAUGGCUAGUCGCCACAGUGCCAACGCCAACCUCAUAUCCAGGGAUAUGUAGAGCUUGUUUGAUUUAUCAUAAGCCUGCAACUGAUAGUACAUCAACGCAGCUUUCUUUACUCUUUUGAAACUCCCCUUUACUGAGUGGGGCAUACUGUGAAUUUUAGAUUAAUUUAUUUUGUGGUGUUUAAAUGCUACUAAAAUAGGUUAAAUAUACAUCUAAUUUAUUUUAAAUGUUUACUUGUUUUCCAUCUUUUUACCUGCCAUUAGAGUUUGGUUAGCCAAGAUUGCAUGUUGAAUAUUUGUUCAGUGAAAGUCAUCUCUAAAGCUGUUAUUUUAAAUGAUACCAUUUCAAUUCGGUGCCAAAUAGCUGAAAUCAACUCCUUCACCUGUAGCACAAUGUUUCAGGUAUGUAGUUAGAAGCAGAACCACCAGGAUGCCAUCAUAUUAUACAGUUUUCAUGCGCCAUUGACUUACACAUUACUAAGAACUUACAUGCUGUGGCAAAUCCACACCACUGAAUCACUGACAUUACAUUGUUGAUGCAUAUGCCUUUGGUUCCCAACAGUUAAGGCACAGCAAUGGGGCGAACUUUGUCAGUGUUUGUAUUGGAAAAAGUUGAAAAAAUUCCCAAAUCCUGUACUGUUGAUGUGUGUUGAGUACUGGAUUGUGAACCAAUUGCCUAGGUUUGUUUGUUUUGCAGCAUCUAAGCAGCAAACAUAGCUAAAAUCCUCCCCCUUUUUUUUUAUUUUUUUUUACAGAAGACACCACAAUAUAAUGAUUUACUUGUGAUAUCUUCCCUUUGAGAAUUUCAUUGUAAGCAGGAUUCUACUUUUCUAUAUGUGAACAUUGUGCUAUCUGAUGUGUGUGAGGUAUUUCUAACCUUUUAUUUUUCUAGCUUUCCUAUGUGAGAAAAGUGUUUUUGGUAAUAACUGAAAUUGAAAUGUUUGUGGAAUUAAAGUUUGUGUAAGUUUUUAAUAAAGCAAAUGUCUUGACAAUAAUAAA